AUGGAUGGUAUCCCAUUGUAUGGCAAAGCAAUAAAAGUAAAUCAUGCAUCACAGAACUCAAAUUCAAAUUCACCAGGUAAUCAAAGCCCAUCAAGUUAUGGCUAUAACUUCCCUGAUGAUGCACAGCUCAGACGACCUCUCUUUGAUGGACAGUUUAGCCCACAGCCUAUGUCUGGGACUCCACCACCAUUUUUAAGAAAUGGUCUCCAUGGCAACUUUCAUCGUGCACAUCCCUCCCCAAUGGGUCCAUGGGAUACUUCAUCACCAUGGCAACAAGGACAAAAUUUUCAAGGAAGGAUUAGCCCAGGAUCAGGUCAUUCACCUAGUCCUCAAUUUCCCCCACUUGUGAUGAACAACAGACAAUCCAGAUAUUUGGACUUGGCAAGAAGACGACGAUGAAUAAUGCAAUAGUAACCUGUGAGCAAGCUCUCCAGGGCACUCUGGCGGCAGGGUGGAAGAAGGAAGGAGACCUUGCAGCUAUCCCUGUGAAAUUUGAAUAUCUGCAUCAAAAAAAGUCAACGAAAUGCUGAUUGGCAGAGAUGAUAUUAGUAAUGACAUUAUUACCCUUGCACAUGUUUGUCAAUGUCUGUUCACAUUUGCACUGAUUGAGGAAAAUCUGUCAGCUCUGUCGACGGGAAGCCAGGGUUACGAUGUCAUUACCAAAAUCAUCUCCGCCCAAAAGCAUUUCGCAUUGACUUUUUCAAUGCAGAUAUUCAAAUUCUACAGACAUAGUUGCAAGCUCUCCUUCGUUUCCCCGCCCUGCCACCACAUUACCCCGGAGAGCUUGCUCGUGGGCUAAGGCAAUAACUGCCCAUUGUAAAACUAGACAAACUAGAUUUCUUUAUCCUUAUCAAAACACGGUUCUUAUUUAUUUUUACAACAUCGAUGCUGGUUUUCACUGUUAUGCAAUCAAAAAUAACAAUAAAAACUGUGCAGACUGUCUUAGAAACCUGCCUGAGCUACUCCACUGUCUUGUGCUUCUUUAUUAUUAUUAUUAUUAUCAUUAUUUUGUGGGUGUAUGGGUUUCCUGUUUAGUGACUUCUAUCUUGCUUCUUCUUUCUUGAGUUUUGUGGCAAGAUGACUACCGCACAGGUUGUCGAAACGUCAGUCACUGUCAACAACAACAGUCCUAUUCAGGACUACAUUCACCCGGAUGAUCAAACUCAACCUUACUUUUGAAUAUUUAUUUAAAACAGUUAACCCUCAGAUGUUUGUCUGUCGCGCCUAGAUUAGCAUUUACUACCUUACAAUAAUUAAGUUUUGUUGUUGUUGUUGAUGUUGGUCACCGGUCGAUAGAUGUCACUCCCCCUGGUCACGCAAAACAGUCGUGACUUUCUGGGAUAUGUGUUCGCGGGGGUAAUAAUCAAUAAUAGUAAUAAUGAAGAAUUUAUUUUUCGUAGUUUCCAUGAUGAGAUGAUCAACUGGGCAUUACAACAAUACAUAGAAUAAAAAUAACUAACUGAUAAAUAAGAAUUACACCAUAUCUUGUGUAUAAUAUCAAAAAAUUUAACUAAGAAUAAAAGCCUUACUAAAAGGUACGUCUUUAAAAGUUUUGCUAAAAAAUAAAUAAGCAUUGCAUAGUUGUGUAUAGGUAUUAAGACUAUUAAGUAAACCUAACUAAAAAUGGAAAGUCUUACUAAAAAGAUGCUAAAAAGAUGCUUCUUUUUUAGGUGGUUGGUUCUUGUUGAGACCAUAGGCAGACGUCCUUUGGGGUUCUUCCGUCACGCAUUCAUUUCUCCCCAACGCGGGGGGAGAAAUGAAUACGUGAACAACGAACCCCAUAGAACGUCUGCUGGGAGGCUAGAUUCAGACUAGACUGCACUGAGUGUAAGUCUGCGCUAGCAUAUGUUAUGUGGGUGUCGUCUGCAUACAUCCUAGGUUGGCAGAACGAUAAACAGUUUGACAAAUCAUUGAUAUAGAUCAAGAAUAGAUGAGGACCUAGGAUAGUUCCCUGAGGGACCCCACAGCCCAAAGAACAGACUUUAAAAAGCGAACCAUUGACGACACAUUUCUGGGUAAGGUUACUUAAUACGACUUAAACCAGUUGUUAGCAGACUCCUGUAUUCCGUACAGACUAAGGUUAGCUAAAGGGACAUCGUGAUCAACGGUAUCAAAAUGCUUUUUUCAAGUCCAGGAAAACCACUGCAUUUACAUUACCACGAUCUGUAUCGAAAGCCCAGCUGUCAGUCGCUUCUAAGAGAGCAGUGACAGUCGAGUGCAACUUGAUUGUUGGUUGUUGGUAAUCUCCUCAUUAGCCAAAAAACUAUACAAUUGUUGGUUAAGAAAAUUUGGUAAUCUAUCCAUCUCAUUGCCAGCCUGAGAAAACUAUACAUUUUUUUGAUCAUUUCCGAAGAUUCCCGAAGAAGUCCGAAGACGUCCGAAGUCCCGAAAGCGAAGUUAUCGAGAAAAGCUUAUCCACAAAACGUUUGUUGAUAACAAUCUAUCCUAAAAUCGGAAAGUUUUGAGAAAAUUUAUGGGUUCAACAUAUUUUUGGUGUGUGUCGUACGACCGAACGCAGACCAGGCGUGAGAAAUUGGCCCGUACUGAGCCGGCGUGGGGUUUUCAACCCGCAGGGGAAGAGUAUAGUGUCAGCGUACGACCGAAGCCCGUCGACUCUGGGAAGGGGAAGAGUCGGGAGUCAGCCCGUCGGGGGAGGAGUAUGUUAUAGCUGAGGUGAGAUUUUGUAUUUGAAGCACCCCGUUCGUUUCGGCGGUAAAUCACAUAGCCAUCCGGACUUUUGGAGAGAACAAAACAAUAAAUGAGUCUUUCUUUCCACUAAAUUAAUGUCUACAUUAACUUGGAUAACAGGGAAAGAGCUAGAGCGAUAAAUAAAUAACAGCGGAGACCAAUUUCGUUGGAAGAAAAACAUGAAAAUUAUAUGGCGGCGGUGAUAAAAUGAGAAACACUAGAGGCUACCAAGGUGUAAAUGGGCGGCAGUGAAAAAACAGAGUGAACAGGAACACAAGUUUCAUCCAUAAAACGUGUAACUAGGAAGUUAAAAGAAGUUUCACGUUUUAGUCGUGCAAAUUGUACAAAAAAGUGUGCUGCACGUGCAAAGUUGUUUUUUUUGCUAAUUAGCUCCAUUGUUGUUGUUUUUUACCGUUCCUCUCGUUGUCUUCACCUUGUCUUUAGUAUUACUCGAUUUUGUAUUUUCUUUGAGGAAACUCGUAAAUAUUAAUAAGAGCUUCGCUUUUAGCCCUGGCUAAAUCUAUAUGUUACACUAUUCUCUUGAACACCUUAUCUAUUACUGAGAUAACAGCUGAGAGUGGCCGAUAAUUAUUAUUAAAUUCACAUCAGUUCGCUCACCUUGGUUAAACAAUGGAGUCACUCUAGCGCAUUUCCAGUCAUCUGGAAAUAUACCAGAACUUAAAGACUUGUUGAAAAUGUUACGUAAAGGGGUCAAGAUCCGCACAUUCCCGAAUCAGUUUGGCAGAAAUAUUAUCGAGAGCUGUUGCUUUGGUUUUAGAUAAUUUAUUUAGGAGAGAAAAAAAACUGCUAACACUAACUGGACUGAAAGUGAACUUGUUGUUGCUGCUAACAAUGUAAUCGGCACAACUUGAACCAUCAGUAACAAGGAGCGCUUACUAUUUGUAUGGAAAACCCGGAAAUCCCGUGGAGAAUUCAAAUGGAACGGUUCAUACCAGUGGAAAUUACCUUUUUCCCGUUUUUACCGAAGCGACCGAAAUUUUCGGUACCAUUUGUUUGGAUUACUAUUGCCAGACAUCAUGUAGAGAGAGAGCGAAAAAUUUACCGACAUUUUGUAAAUGGUACAAGUCAAUCCGGCUCCUGUUUUCGGUACCAAAAAAAUACCAGUUCCAUUUGACGGAAAAUGUUUACCGAAAUUUCCAUACAAACGGUAAGCGCUCAAGGGGCACCUCAUUAGCAAGUUUGGUUCCAAUUGUUGAAAAGUGAUCAUUAAAUGCAUUGGAAAGCUCAUGAUUUUGCAUAAGCAUUGUCUUCAGUUUCAAUUGAGGCCAUUUUAACUCCUAAGAGAAACUGAAGACAAUGCUUAUGCAAAAUAUCGGGGUGACAAGCAAAGAGCAUUAUGGUAUGUUAUGGUAUUUUCUGGAGUGGUCAACUGGUUCUGAGUUGUGUUCUUUCAGAUAGAUAAACGUCGUGAAGACAACGGUGAAAACGGUAAGAGUCUAUGCAUACUUAUUGUCCCUGAUUUUCACUUUUUUUGACGUUAAGUUUCUAAAACUGAGUACCCAAUGGGUUAAUAUGUGUUGGGUUGUGUUUAUAUUGAUUUAUUUAUCGGUGAAAUGAAAAAAAAAAGCGAAGAUGUCUGAGUUCAUUCAUAAGAAAUAACACGGCUAAGGCUUAAUGGCGACUGCUUGUUUUCUACCUACAACAGCGUCGCGUUGAUGUCUCGCAAAGAAAAUGUAAAAUGGCCAAAACCAACCUUAGAGACAUGGACAAAACCAUGUAAGAAUCAUCAACUUGAUGGAGGCAAAUUAAUGGCAGAUAGAUAGAUACAUUUAAACUCCCGUUCAAUCUGUUGCGUUAGCAACGGCGGCAGUUUAUUAGUUGAGGGGCCUGUUACUAUGUCUAUAAUAGCUUUUGCAAGGUAUAAUUUGGAAACGUUUUAAAUGUAAAUGCAAUCUGCCGCUAAAAUCGACUCGAAAAUAAUGCCACAACAACUCCCUUAUGUAAAAAUCACUGAAAUAGUCCAGGUACCAAUAGUCUGCUACACAGCCGUUUUUAGUGUCAUCGCGCUCCUAGCGUACACUCCUAGCGUUGCAUGACAACACUAGGGACGAAGCGAGGGUUUUGCGUUGUAAGAUCAGACCCAAGCAACUGGCAAAUGUAAUCAAAUUUUUCCUUCGAAAUACAAGUCGUUCUUUCUGUAAGGAUGACAUGGCCUGGUUCUUGCGUACAGCCGCUUGUGAUCUGGGUAGCCCCAAGCUCUCAAUGUAGGGCGAGCCGCGACACACGCGCGUCUCCUCUCGCGUGCUUGUCUCGCGUGACUUCUCGUGACUCCCACAAAUGGAGAGCUUGUCCACGUAAGAUUUUAGAAAUUUUGGUUGGUACAUCAAAUGGGACGGACCAUUUCGGUUUGGUCCUACCGGAAUAUUCGGGACCAGAUUUGAAGGUGGUCCAUUUUGACCGGUCUGGUCAUUUCGGUAGGUCAGACGGAAAUGUCCCUUUCCAUUUGACAAAAUUGUUAACCCUAACCCUGACCCUAACAUAACAAUAUUUCGGCUGGCCAUAUCAGCCUUUUUUAGGUUUACAGAUGUUAGUAUAGGUAAUAGCAUGAUUAGUAGUGAUAUUUGGCAUAAAUACCACGAGCGAUAUUUCAAAAUUGUUAAACGUAAUUUCACGAACCGUCAGGCGACUGAAAUUUGAGACAAUUUUAAAAUAUUACGAGUGGUAUUUAUGCUAAAUAUCACGUACAAAUCAUGCUAUUAUUUGUUUAUACUACUACCUGCAAAAGGUUGUAAUUUUCACAUGUAGGUAUUUCAAAUUAAGCUGAAAUACCACUGCUCUAAGCCAAUCAAAUUGCAGAAAUUUCUCAUGUAGUAGUAUAACUGAAUAUAUUAUAGGAAUCACAGUAUUAUAUAGGGCCCGUGGAGAUGGCAAAUUGUUUAAAAGCCACGCCGCCUCCCACGGAUAGAUCUGCUCCGCGUUACCUUAACACCUGUCUUGGCUUUCUUAACGCCGAUUUUUAGCUCAUUGGUUUUAAGAGGUUUCUGCCUUAUUGACGGACAUUGCAUAUCAAACUCACUAGCAAGCAUUUCGGCAGUUUCCACAUUGUGCCAUUCAAGCUUGCGUCGGCCUUGCUUGAUCUCAAACCCAACUUGGUUGUAAUGACGUUCCAGAACUUGCAAACAUUUAUUUAAAUUGUUGCCAAUACAUGGUUUUUUUAUAUAGACCCCGAUUUCCGAGAUCCUGUAGAUCAUGCUUAAGGAAGACCAAGUUAGUGCUCAGUGACACGGAAACAUUGGAGCAUAUGCUUAACUUAUUUCCCGGGGCUUUAUGUGACAAGCAAUAACUUGCUAGAAUUUUUGGCGUUAGGAUAUCAUUUCCAGGAUGUCCAUGAAAAGCUGUUUGAGGCUCGGACAAAAUAGUCACUACAUGUUUUGAUCCAAUGGUAUGGCCAUUUGGAAACCGUUUGUUAUAUUUUGAGAGGUCAUCACAGAUCUCGAGAUUCCAGUCGUAGCGGUCUCGCUCAAAGUACCACGCAUAACUGAGUAUAACGCUGACUGGAGAGAUAAAGCCAUUGUAAAACUCCCUGAAGGCCUUUUCAAAGUUUCUGGUCUUAAAUCUCUUCAGAAUGUGCUCUCUGCUAUUAGUAAAGGUGUCCCGGUAGAUAUAUACCGGAAAAUAGGUCAUAGAAUCAACGACAAAUGGUUACAACAACUUUAUGAUGAAAAUUUCUUAUGAUCUGGAUUUCAUUGUAAUCGAAGUCGCCAUGGCAACGUGAUAACGCCAUUACAUUUUUAUUUAUCUUUGUGUUUCUCUGUACCAGGAGUUUUUCAAGAAAUCGGCGAAAUUCGCGAAUUUCAGCGAACAAAUUGCGAACUUUCGUUUCAGACGAAGAUUCGGCGAAAUUUCGACGCAUCUGUCAGUCUUUUGCUAUUUCCUGCGAAAUUUCGGAAGCUAGGUGAUGAACCGAAACGAAAGUUUGCGGCUUGAACCGAAAUUUCGUUGCGAAACUCCGAAAAAGGUUCACGAAACGAAGUUUCGAGAUUGAAAUAUUCUUAGCUGACCAGGACGCGGUUGUUUAAAGCAGGAUUAGAGCGAAAUUUGACUUCAAUUGUGAACGAUUACAAAGCAGAUUCAUAUGUAUUCUUUUUCCCUGCCAUUUGAUAUUUGGACGCUCUAAAAUCACGAGUCGAAACAAGCAUAAAAAGCGCUGUUGAGCAAAAGAAGCAGGAACUCGGAUUAAGCUACUGACCAUAAACUGUAUUCUAUCUUAGCGACCAUUGUCGCAAAGGGAUCGCUCCAAUAAUUGAACGGUUCCUUCCAAUCAAUCCUUUUUUCACCGAUCCUACCGAUCGUAUCAAUAAUACUGAAACCAGGCCUUACAUGUACAUGCACCAGUACCAACAUGAGCCUCGGUAAACAGAAAAUCUUGUGAAGAAAAUUUGAGGAGGAACGAAACUUGUUAAUUUACGUAUUGUUAUUCGUGUUUUAAUCUUACUAAAUGAACGCCACGUUUACUCGAUAUUCAGUGCUGCCUGAUUAACUUGUUCGCCGAUUGACUUUUAAAAACCGUCAAAAGGGUAAGACUAAUCUGCAGACCGCGGAUCCUGCGGAACCUGCGAAACCGUACGGACCUAAAGAAAUGACUGUUUUAUUACAACUACCUUUGGCUAACGUGAUAAAAUAAUUACAAUAGUUACGAUUAAUUUUUUACAAUGACUGAGCGAUUUCUCGCUCGCUGAUAGUCGAUAACAGCAAAAACGAUUGAAAGCUGUUGUCGAUUUCGGUUUAGUAUCACUGAUAGAGAGCUCUGCUUCCGAAAUAGAAAGUCCUGGAAUCGCGGAUCGACUUCCGGCUUGUUAGUAAACGUCGGAAGGAAACGAGCGGUAUAGAUUUAAACACAGUACAGUGGCAUGAGAGAACGAUGAGGGUAUUAUUGGCGCACGCUGUCACUUCUAUAGUGACCGCUGUACAUCCACCAUACACAGAAUCUUUGCGAUCUCCUCCUUUUCAUUUUCACUAUAAACGUAUUAUUCCAUCUCUUAUCUAAAUACCCUUCAUCCCACUCUUAAAUUUAUACUGGUCAAUCUGCUCAUUCAAAUUUUUCUCCUUUCUCUACAUUAAGGUGUCCCUCAAUGAUGUUAUCGAUCAUUGCCUACAGCCGAUCGAACAUCAGUAUCUUUUACGCUAAUCAUGUCACCCCUAACACACUAAACGAGCUUUUACAUUCAGCCUUGCCCUGAGAAUGCGAUGUAUAUUUUCCUCCAACGAGACGUACAAUCUCGGUCUCCUCAACCAGGGGAUACAACGUGUUCAUACUAUCACACAUACUCACACAAGCGACUCCCCCAGGCGUAUCCCUCUAGUUGACCUAGUUGUCAGAUAUCACCUAGCCAUUUGGUCAAUACCAUCUAUUUUUCACAAGCACAUUUACAUUCUCUCAUCCUCCCCACUUGGUGCCAUUUUGUUUAAAUAUAUACUUCUCCUUACCUUCCUACGUACUAACAAGCCGGAUAUUCGUUAAGUGGACUUCCCGUUCGGAACCAGAGCUCUCGAUUAAAUAAAUGUUAUGGCGUUAUACACCAUUCAAAGUCCUCCAUUUUUCCGCAAGAUCGUCGAGAAAGAGCGCUACAGCCGGCCAUUUUGACCGGUUCUAGCUUGAACUAUGCUUAAAAGGCGGGGGAAGGUUUGGGAACCCAAAGGCCCGCUCUCACGGUACAUUUGAAUCCAACUACAAAAUCGCUGCCAGUGAAGGUGAGCGAUCGAUCUCGACGAUCUUACGGAAAAAAAAGAGGACUGUGAACAGUCUAUCAAUGUUAUAACUGAUCGUAACUAAUUAUUUCAUCUCUUUAACUAACGGGCAGUUGUAAUAAAACAGUCAUUCCUUUUAGGCUCUGUAGGUUCCGCCAGUUCCACAGGUUCCGCGGUUCCGCGGUCUGCAGUUCCACAGAUUAGUCUCACCCCCGUCAAACCCUUCAAAAAAACUAUUGAGAACAUUCUACCCCAAGAACUAUACUUUUCUUACCCGCCUUUUUCAAUUCCAUUCUUAUGGAGCGAUCAUUUGCCAGAUCUACGGCCAACAGAGUCUUGUAACAUUAGCUAGAAUAUCCGCCCAAUCAAAUUCAAUAGAGCGAGCGUGCUUUAUAUUCCCAUUGAGCGCGCUGAUGACGUCAAUAAACUAUACCUCGAGUUCUUGUGAGCUUUUGAUAAUGUCAUAAAAAAAAUAGUUCAGCGUCCGCGUGCGUAUGUCGAGAUAUUGAGCAGGCGGAAAGUUUGGAGAGCACUUAAGAGUACGGUGGCCCAUAUCUGCAAACACAACAAACAGUUCUUGAAACACAACAAGAUACUCCUGGAACACAACAAACACUUUUCCAAACACAACACGGUAUUAUCUAAACACAACAAAAGUUUACCGAAACGCAACACAGUUUUAUUGAAACACAACACAAUUUUCCAAAAACACAACACAAUAUUUGCGCAGCACAAAAAAAGACUUAAUUCUCUUAUUACGUAGUGCAGAAUUUGUUACUAUACAAAGCAUGAACCUGACAUUUAUGCACCAUUAUUGAAAACUCCCGCACUUCUUUGUUAUCCGUGUGACGAUCUGUCGCGUGCGUAUGUCGAGAUAGUAGGGAGCUUAAGCAGCGACGUUUUUGAGGGACGCACGUCAACCGGAAGUGAGGUAUUUUCCCUCUUAACAUGCCUUGAUGAUAUAAAAUUUGUAUUCCUUAGCUUCUUUACUAUUAUAGAGGCGAUUUGACUGAAAAUUUGCGCGAAACCACCGUCAAAAAAUGAAAAAAGGCCACUUCCGGUUGACGUGCGUCGCUCAAAAACGUUGAUGCUUAAGCUCCCUAUUGAGCACUCAAGGGUACGGUGGCCCAUAUCUGCAAACACAACAAGCAGUUCUUGAAACACAACAUGAUAUUCCUGGAACACAACAAACACUUUUCCAAACACAACAUGGUAUUAUCUAAACACAACAAACGUUUAUCAAAACACGUCACAGUUUUACUGAAAGACAAUACAAUAAUACCUUGACUGUGGCUGGCCAUGAUAAGAUCCCUAUAGAGUCUGUUAUCAUAUUUCGGAGACUUUGACAUCCGUUUUUAAUCUAUCAAUAACUCAGGUAUUGCCACUGCUCAAAUGAAAUUGGCUGGUGUGGUUCCUCUAUAUAAGUCUGGCGAUAAAAGUGUGCUUUCUAAUUAUAGACCUCUAUUAGUCUUACCAGUCUUUUCAAAGUUUCUAGCCGGAAAAAGCUUUGUAUAAUCGCUUGAUUCGAUAUCUUGACAAUAAUCAAUAUGGUUUUUUUUACUUUUGUAUAUUUAGAGAUAGCUUGUCGGCUUUGAACCAAUCAGAUAACUUGAGCAUUUCAGAAUUAAUCAAGGUACUGAAAGUAAGAAAGAAUAAGUUGGCAUCAACAACAAAUUUGAGGCGGGUAAGAAAAGUAUAGUUCGGCUGUAGAUUUAGUAUAAAGAACAAUUUCAAUGAUCGAUACCAUCAUCGAGGGACACCUUAAGGUUCAUGUUGUUACUGGUGCAUGUACAUGUAAGGCCUGGUUUCGGUAUCAUUGAUACGAUCGGUAGGAUCGUGGAAAAACGGAUUGAUUGGAAUCAAUCGUUCAAUUAUCGUAGCGAUCCGUUUUGCGACGAAGUCAUAACAUUUAGAGCCAAGUCAAAUUUAGAAGGAUUUGUAUGGAGUCAUCAGAGCAUAACUGGGCUAGUAUGUCAGAGACAAUUUGCCCCACAGUGCUAGUUUUUGGCAAGUAGGCCACUUGGAUGUUUUUCUUUCAGAAUAUCCUGACGAAUCCCAUAAUUUGACAAAUUUAGUUUUCAUGACGUCAUCACUUUAGUACUCUAUUCCCGGAAUAUUUUGGAAUUUUUGCGGCGGCCUGAAGUUACAGGGCAUUACAAAAAAUUCCACCCGCAUAUCUCAGGAAAAAUUUACUGGCUACUGACGGGAAUUUUAAAGGUAUAUGAACAAACUAAUUAUAAGUCAGUUCCAAUUUUUAAUUUUUGAGCCUGCGAUAUAAAUCGGAAAUAACACCUUAGGUGUGAAAAUUGAUACCUCGGAUAUCAAUUUUCCGAAAGCUCAGCUCUCGCUUGAUAGGUCUGUGUAAUUUUUAUUUUGCAAAAUUCUUAAUCAUUUAAGAAAUAAAUUUUUCAACUGGAAGAGUUUAUAGCAGAUCUAAUACCUCAAGCCUUUUUAAAAUUUGUUAACGUUAAUUUCGUCCGUGAAGAGAUGGUUUGGCAAACUGUUUCAGAUCAUAGCCAACUCAUAUCCAAUGCGAACUCGUGGAAGAACUGUUAAUAAUAUGAGUGGAGUGCCUGUAAUCGACUCCUGGUGUCUGUUAACCACCUGGAUAAGCUAAGUGUACUUACCACUACUAUACAAACCUUCAACCUUCAGCCUUUUAGCCAUCUUGCAGCAAAUAUCCGGAUUUUUUAUAGAUUUAAUUAAGACGACGAUGUUGCAGUCCUUUUUUUAAAGUUGCAGCUGUAGGUCAAUUCGUCUCAAUGCCUGUUGUAACACACAUUUAGCAUCAACAAGUGUUUUAUUGGAAACUUGAAGGCCUGGUCAAACGGUUGCAGCAUCAUCCAACCAUAGAUAAUAGAUUGGACUGGUUAUGAAACCCGUCAGACUCCUUUGUUACAUGUUUUUGUGGACCUGGCGGUGCACAACUUUCAAAACCAUUCCUAGCAAUUUAUGCAAUUGCGUAAAGAAGCCUGAAAAAAAUUCAGGACUUCACUGCGACGAUCACUGACUAUCACUGCGUUCACUGCGACGAUCAUUUCUUCAUUUUAAUUUCAUUUCCGCAGUUCAUAUAUGAUUUAUUUCAUAUGUCAUUAACACUCAUUUCUUUCAGGGGAACAUAUGAACCCACAGUUGACCUGCUCCCAACGUCAGUGGCUUCAUAGCUCAGUUGGUAGAGCAUCGCACCCGUAUCGCGAGGUCACGGGUUCAAACCCCGUUGAAGUCCUGAAUUUCUUUCAUGCUUCUUUACGCAAUGGCAUAAAUUGCGUUCACUGCGAGGAUCAUUUCUUCAUUUUCACUCUGAGUAUUUAUCCGGUCCCGGGAAUCGAACCUGUGGACGUGCCUGCUCUGCAAUCAAGCGCUCUUGCGACUGACCUGAACCUCAUAAAUCCUGCUGCGGGAAACGUCUUGAUAUCUUAAAAUUUUUUGUGUUAAUUAGUUCCGAUUAGUUCAUUUAAAUCACGCAGUCAAACGCUUCAAACGCUAAGUGGUGUUCCUGGCUUUGAAUAUUAACUGAAUCAUUUUCCUCUCCAGGGCCAGGUUGCAUAAGACCUUCUUAGAAUAAGAGGGCUCUUAACUUUUUUUCUGGAAUAAUAACCUAUUGUUUUGAAAUAAUAAUUACGAGUUCCCUUAUUCUUACGAAGUUUUCUGCAACUCGACGCUGACCCAGGUUAUUUUGACCAAACACCAAGUGCUUGUGUAAUUUUCACAGCAUUGCAAAUUAAAAUACAAGCUCUUAGUGUAUUUCGAUGCAACGCUCUUUGGUAUUUUAUAAUACCGACGAGGACACGAGAAUUUUUAACAGUCUCCCCUACCAGCAGAGACGCCUUUCCAGGUGGAGGACGGCAACCGGAAAUCAAAGUUGCCCGAUUUUGGGCUAAUUAGCAUAUAUCUCAGCCGUCCAACCUAAGUCGUCUGCACGUCGCGACGGUGAGAAGGGUGACAAUUUUCCACGGGCGUAGAGGGAGGGUGAGUUUUCGUUACUCAAUUAAUUAGUCAGCGGUAGUUUAGCAAAAUGAAGAGGGACUUCCGGUUAAAUGAUCGAGCUUCCUCUAGGGACGCUUCCGGUCGACUUUUUGACCUUAUUUAUGGCCCUUUUUCGCAAUCUGGCGGAAAACCAGACAGGGGCACCCAACGAGAAUAUAGUUCAAAACCACUUAAACAUAGCAUUAUCAAAUGUAUUUUAGUAUUUAAACCGUAGAUAUAGGCAUAUUUUUAUCCCCUAAAAAUUUUUCAUCUGUUCGGAUUUCCUAGCUGAAAGUCUAGUGAUCCGAAAAUUGUAGGGAUCAAAACGUACCUUUUCGAAAAUUUUAGCCAGAAAAUAGGCUCCCGAAAAUUCUAGGUGAACUUUUUAGGGUAAAAAUUAGUUAAAAAUGGGCAAGUAUAACAUUUUUUAUUUGUUCGAAAAACCUAGGAGAGGCAUGCAAGCAAGAAAUUUUACAACAAAUGUUCCGAAAAUUCUAGAUCUCAAAUCGUCUUCCGAACAGAUAUUUCCCCGAAAAUUGUCGUUGGGUGCCCCUGAACCAGACGGGCGAGAUCAAGGUUUUCAAGCGACAAUUAUGAAGUCUUCCGUGGACGAAGUAAGGGAAAAAGGGAUUGCAUUUCUUCAAGGAAAUUUUGAUAAUGUUCGCUUUUCGGAGAAUUACUGUUUUGCAGUCCAUAAAGGAGACGCAGAAAGUCUAACUGAUUUGAUCGACAGAUAUUCUUUGAAUUCGACGUAAAGAUAAUUAUCUUCAUGUUUUCAUAUCCUUCGUAAGCUGUCUCCAUACCAAAUUAUUGUGGUUAUUUGCUUGAAGUGCCAGUGGCUCCUUGAUUGUCUCUUAAUUUGCACAUACAGCUCAGCCCAUUUUUGAACACAACAGAGGAAAUAUCCCCAUUACUUUCUUUGGAGUCCCCUUUACAGUAGAAAGAUCUGAAUUCAGACAUUGCUUUCAUGCAUCGUUGAAGGUAAUAGUAAAUUAAACCCGUCAGUUUCUAUUAUAUUUUGUUUAUCAGCAUUUUUGGAAGUUGGUCAGGAUUAUUUAUUUUUUCUCAUUUUUAUGUAAGGGGCCGACCAUUUAACUAUUGAGGGGGGGGAGGUGAUUUUGAAAAAAUAUUUCCUGCAAGCGCUUGUCAGAAGAAAAAAUUGCAUGCAGCACAAAUGUAAUUGAAAGAAGCUUAUGGGAAAAAAAGGGGAAAAAAUAUCCUGCCCACCAGAUUGCUAAUAAAAAAAUAUUCUUGAUGACCAGAAAUCACCGCCCCGCCCCCUCUCCCCCUCAAGAGUUAAAUGGUUUCCCCUAAGUGAAGAGCGUAAAAUCGCACAGAAAGUUAAGUUCGCUCAUAUUGCUCAUGAUUGACAGUUAAACAUGAAAGUCUCCGGAUCUUUAGAGUGGCCGAGGGUGUUGGAAAAACAAAGUUUGUGGUGUUUUGUUUAGCAAUUUGAUGAAUUGAUUGUUACUGAUUUUAAAGUAGAAACCAAAGGUAAAACAGACAUGAUUUUCCAUCGAUUCAAAUUAUUAUCUACAUCAUCUACAUCUACUUCUACCUAUAUUAAGUCCGUAAAAAUCGCUAAGACAUCACACCAACCAAUAUCUGGUGCUCCAGAAUUUGCCUUAUUUCCCAGUCUCAUCAAAGAACAACAACAAAGCUAACAACAUUUUGACAUCAGCCAAGACUAAAACACUGAUAGGAUUUCGUCUUUGAUGUUCUUUGAUAUGAUUUCUUAUUGCAAGCACUCUCUAGCAGAAGCAAGCCUUUCCAAGAACUAAAACAUUUAAAAGUGCUCCUAAUUUCGAAUUAGCCCCGCCUCCCUUCCCCCUGAUUCGACAAUGUCGAAACCAAAGCGCCGAUUGGUUGACCUGGUUUGCACUAUGCUUCAAUUGCAGGACUCGAGGGGUGGGUCUAAAAAAAUGAUGCUCUGUCGUAUCGGAUAUUUUUUAUUACAAGAGAAUGCGUGACAAAUACAAUGAUUCUAAUAAACUUCAAUAUCAAAAUAGAAUCUACAAACCACUGUUACUGUUAUUUCUUUUCCGGCCCCAUUCAAUCAUCCCCGUCACUUAGAAUCAAUACAAUAUAUAUUCCCAUACAUCAAGUACCUACAAUAGCGUUGAAGGACACCGCUGACAAGUUAAUUGAGUAACGAAAACUAGCUAAAACUCACGCGUCCUUUACGCCCGUGGAAAAUUGUAACCCCGGUGAGAAAGCAGAGUGCGGCAGUGUCUCGAGAACGUGAGUUUUUUCUUCGUGUUUUCGUCUUCAAAACGUCUUUAUUUUAACAGAAUACCGCUUUAAUCUGUUUCUGGAGUGUCUAGUUUACUUCAAAUGUUAAAUCUUUCUCAGUUACUUACUUAAACACUAUUUUAUAAUUGAAUAUGACAGCAGCAAGUGUUACAACUGCAGGAUUAGAAUUCCCAGCGAUAAAACUAGUUAUCACAUUUAAGUAUUCUCUCACCAUCUGAACAUCGACUUUUACCCGUUUUUUCAUUCACGAAGUUUUGUAGUUCAUUUUUUCUGCUUAAGUUGUAGGCCAAAAUGAAAUUACGUGUCAACUGGUUAACAUUUAUUCGACAAAGUAAAGCCCUUACAAGGAGGAACUUGUUUAUUUUUGCGCGCAACGUGGCAAUCCUAUUUAGCUAGAAGGUCUCAUUGAGAAGGGAAGUGCUGCCGUGAGUUGCGAUGCGAAUAGGACAAAGAUCGUAUGUAGAACAGUUGAACAUAUGAAUUAUUUUCUUAAUGUCAGUAACAUAGAAUUAUGAUGUACUCAGAGUAAAAUACAAAAAAUGAACCGAUCACACUGACAAAUAUGCUUACUUUCAGAUACUGACUCGCCAAAGUUUCAACAUGAUUUUGUAAUUCAUUUUAACAACAGCAGUGCUGAUAGACUGUUUCUUCAUCGAACAAUCAUCGUGUACAUGACGAGAAGAGUUGCGAACACAUAACGUAACGGCCAAAACUUGUUUAUUCACAGGUCAGGUAGACGAAGAGUACACGUCGAUCACAACUUACAAUCCUGAUUCCCGAGAUAACAAUCUGUGUGACAAAAAUACUCGCUAUAACUAAUCUUGAAACCUAGCAUAAAAAACCGAAAAAAAAUGUCCCGUACAGUAGUUCUUGAACUGCGCUUAGGCUGUUUAAAAAGACAGCAAACAUCCGAUGUACUACAACUUCUGCACAGAUCUUAAACUCGCAUGAGAACAAAACAAAAUGGCGGGUUGCUCUGAAGAGAAAAACAGGCGCGGCAACUAAGCACUUGCUGAUUGAACGAUGGAACCAUCGAACCAAGAACCAAAAAUCAUCAAAUCGCUCAAGAAGGUCUGCUGCCGGCUGAUUUUCGGCAGCAAUAAUUUGUUCUUAUUUUAAUGAAGAUGGAGUGAACUGAAGGUCACGAUAUUCAGCUUGCUAAAGAAGUUCUAGUAAGUGAGCCCUACCGCUUCAAGCCCAGAACCUUGUAGGCUUGAUUACCAGCCGUAAGAACUGUGAAGCGUGCGAAAAUUUGGCAAUACGUAGAUCGCAAAUAGGCUCAGUGGAGCGACGAACAUUCACUUCUGAGCCACAAAGCGCUCAACUAGGUUUCAUCGUACAAGAGAAUGAAUUUCUCACGUGAUAUGACACCAUCACAAUUAUAAAAGUCGACCAAAUGUAGGCAGAUUUCUCAGGCUAGAAACGGAUUACAGCUUGGUCGUGGGAAAAAAGUGUCCUUAGAGAUCAAUUCCGAAUCUUUCCUCACAACUGCUUCUGGGAUAAUGCCUCUGAAACACUGACGAAAAAUCGGAUUUACUAGUUAAAAGACAUAUAUUCACUAAUUUUCGGGGAGUUUCAUAAUAAUGGUUUUUGUAUGCGCAUAAACUGUAGUUGUUAUUAUAAACACAACGUAUUACUUUCACAUCAAGUCAGUGAGCGCCCUAUAACAUUGUACAUCCGUUGUGAGGCUGAUGCUUAAGUGACCGUCCAAUACAAAACCCUUCACCCUUGUUAUUGUUGUGUCCGGAUACUGAGCCAGCUGUCCGGCUACUUGGGCAACAUAGGAGCUCCGCAAAAAUAUUAAUUUCGCCAUGGAAACAAAGGCAAAAAAGUUAAACUGUCUUUCUUCAUAUUACGGACUAAAUAGAUUUUCUCUGGGCCAAAUUUCAGAGCUCUUGCGACUAACAAUGUCUGAAAUGGAGCAGUAGGUUAUUAUUUGUAAUCCUUUCCUAUCUGAGUGGCUUGUUCUUCCAACUAUUAAAAAUAACAACCUGUUAAAAAAAAAUGGAAAGUUGUAUUAAUUUAUGGGAUCAAAUGGGUCCUAAUUUGCAUCAUAAAUCGUCCUUGUUUGUUCUUGACUGAUACGUGGCUGUGUUCUGCCCAUAAAAAAACGUCGUUUUUCCAUUUUUUGGUUGAAAGAAAAUAAGCAAAAUCGAGGAAAGUACAAUGACCUCGUCCCUUUAAUGAUACAGACCUUGUAAUAUAUCACCUUCUUUACUUUUGUUUCUAUUUAGAGUUCAAAGGUAAAGAAAAAAGCCAUUUAUCAUGCCCCGUCACCGUGUUCUGUGCGUUGGUCUCAUUGCCCUUGAUAUCGUCAGCACCUGUCAACGUUUUCCGGAUGAAGACGAAGAUAUCCGAGCCAUAUCCCAAAAAUGGCAGACCGGAGGAAAUGCUUGCACCAAUGCCACGGUGCUGACUCAGUUAGGGAUGCAGUGUGAGUUCCUUGGUUCCUUGUCAUGCGGAGUUGAAGCUGAAUUUGUCUGCCAUCACCUACGUGACCGUGGUGUGCGUUACAGUAGCUGUGUUCGACAUCCCGACUGUGGUACUCCAACUUCGUGUGUGACGCUCAGUCUCGAGACCGGAAGCCGAACGGUGGUGCACGCAAGGAAUAACCUUCCAGAGCUUUCAGUAUCCGCCAUUGAGAAAAUCGACCUGUCAAACUACGACUGGGUUCAUUUCGAAGGUAGAAGAAAUGAGGAAGAAAUUGUGAAGAUGAUUGAUAUGGUAGAAAAAUGGAAUUCGGCGCUCACGCACGAAAGCAAGAUUAUAGUUUCUGUGGAGUUAGAGAAGCCGCGAAAAACUCUUCUACCAUUGCUAGAUAAAGCUGACGUUGUGUUCAUAAGCAAAGAUUUUGCUCGAUUCUGUGGUUAUUCUUCAGCCUCCGAAGCUGUUAAAUCCCUGCGUAAUAAAAUCAAACCUGGUGCCACCAUGAUUUGUGCUUGGGGAGAAAAAGGUGCAGAUGGUGCUGGUGCCGAUGGUGAUGUCAAACACAGCGAUGCCUACCCCCCUGAGAAAGUCAUUGACACUCUUGGAGCCGGCGAUACAUUCGUUGCUGGCGCUAUAUACAGCCUCAUAAAAGAAUCCUCAGUUAAAGACGCGUUAAUCUUUGCCUGCAGAUUGGCGGGGUUCAAGUGUGGUGUGGCAGGAAAUGAUGGUCUCGUAAAAGCGUUUUAUAAUUACCAGAACAACAACUGUUACAAAGGGUAACCCUAAUCGUUUAAAGUAGUAAGACCAAUAAUAGGGAACUUAAUUAAGCAGAGGCGUUUUCUAGCGACACACCUGAACCGGAAGUGAAAUCAUUUCGUGUCAUAACGUUGCAAAAUAUGAAUUGUCACUUCCGGUUGACGUGCCCAACCCAAAAACGUCUUUGCUUGUGCUUCCUAGUGACGAUAACGCUGCCGCCAGUAAUUAAGGUUUUUGAAAUCUUUUUGAGUUGUUUUAUUAGAGAAGUUUCGACAACUUAGCUGGAUUCCACAUAUUUAGCGUAGGACCAUGCUCCGUACGUAACCAGUGGGAGGAAAUGCGAAAAAAAAAGAUCCUCGAGCGAAGCGAACCGAUCGGGAGCAGAGUCCGAUGAGGGGAAAGGGCGGCUUUUGCCUUUUGGAGCUGGUUCCAGGCUACCAUAUGAUGCAAAAGCCAAUCAAACUCCCAGAUGUUACAAUAAGUCCCUUGGGAGAGCAAAGGUGGCGAAGUGGUAAGAGCAAUUUGGCCUAGUUUCAAAUCCCGGCGUCUACGCUAGCGUCUACGCCAAAUGUGGGUUGAGUUUGUUAUUGGUUCUGUCCAUUACCCCGAGAGUACUCAGGUCUUCCCUUCUCCUCAAAAACCAGCAUUUCCAAAUCCCAAUUCGACCAGGAAUCAGGUAGACGAGAACCACUUUGUGGAUGUGCUACCUCCAAAUCAUAAUUUAUUUAUUUGUUUUAUUUAUAACUCUAUCUGUAAGGCGCCUUAAAUAUUUGAUUGGUUCUCUUUAUGGAACGUCAAUGAUGUCAGCACUUCGUACAAAAGACGUCAAGCACAUAAUUGCUCCUGUAAAGUAGCCGGUCUUAAAAAUUUUCUUCCCAUAUUUUCUGUAAUACCAACGAGGGUUCCAUAAUGGUCAGCUUGAUAUUUCUGGGCUUAAUUUAUUUUGUGUCGUGAAAGUCACCGUUACAUUCUAGAGGAUAAUUAAAGUUAAUGCUAAGACCAACUAGUUGUCUUCUUCGACAUUUUUACUUGUAAGAACUCGUAACAACUCGUGACGAGAGUAGUCUGCCCCACCGAAGCCGUUAUUUGUCACGGUCGUCACGCGACGCUCCUCCCCAAUCAAUAUGCGCUAUUGACCAGGCUUGGUCGGUCACGAUGGCUUGAUAUUUCCCAUUUUUCUGAUUUAUUUAUGCGCUUUUUAUGGACACAGACAACGUCAGCAUAUAUUAUGGAUAAACAAAAUGUUUUUUUGCGGGACAAAGCGGGCGAUCCCGAGCGUUAGCGGGCAAGAUAGACCUGUCUUUGCCACCCAAUCACAGCACAGUAUUCACUCCGCUUGCGGAGCUAGCGAUAUAAUACUCAUUUUUAGCGGUGGAGAUGGCUUUUACUUUUUACUCCUAGCUUUACAUAUGUAUGUAUGUAUGUGUAGCCGAUUUUUUGAAAACCAACCGAACGAAAUCUGCAGCCAUUUGAGUGAAAAGCCUUCAAAAGGCAGGUUUUUAAAGCCCGAUAAGCUCCAAAAUCACACCAACGAAGGCAAAGGAAAGGAAAAAAAGAAAGAGCCAGGAGAAAGAAAGGAGGAGAAGAGAAAAAAACAAUGGUUGCACUCUUGGUUUUUAUAAUGGCUACUUUGGAGAUCGUUUUUGGCCGAAAAUAAACUGUUGGGCGGAAGAGGUCUAUUUGGCAAUAACGUUUUCAAAAAUCUGGCCAGAUGUAUGUAUGUAUGUGUAUUAAUAUUCGAAAAAAUUUGGUGGUAGUGGACGUCGACUAUAUUCGCCCUUUAAUUUCGGCGGAUCUGUAAGUACUAGCGGAAGACUAAUAAUAAAUGCUAGCCCUUCGCCCACUGGUUGGAUCAUCACAAUACUACCAAAAUUAGCAGUGAGCUAAUUAACAAACGAUGAAUGAACGCGGCGUUCGCAAGACACGUAAACCCCUCACGGCUUGUGAAUUUUUGUCGGUCGAAUUGAAGUUGUAAAGGGUUCGAAACCCUAAAUUUUAUUGUAUUUUCAAAGCGCAUUUUUUAAUGCCAGACUGGAGGUGGAUGUGGUUUGUUUCCCUAAAAUAGCGUUGAAAACACAAGAAUUAGUCGCUGGCAUAGAAAGUAAGUAGCAUGAUAAUAAUAUUGCGGCUAACGUUUAACGAUAGUCAAUCCUUUAGUCAUGAACUGGAUUGACGUUCGAUUAAUGUUCAUCUCAUAAAAAGUAGUUCUCGUAAAACUGUCCCUAAAAGUAAAUUAGAAUUCCCAUUGCUGCAUUAAUUUUUCGAAUAUUUUGAACAUAUUAUAAAAUUUUAAAAAAUUCAAAUCCUUUUGUGAGGUGUUUUUCGCCAUUUCCUGAAUAUACAAUGUGAAACUGAUACCGCGCGCGUCUUUUGUUUGUCUACUUGUUUUAAUAUAUUCAGUUUAGUUUUUGGUUUGAAAACCAUUGAGAAAAAUCGCAAGUUAAGUUUUGUAUUAAUAAUUUUACACAACUCAAAAACAAACUAAGAUCAUUGAUGCCAUCAUGGAUCUUAAUUGUCUUAUAGCAUUUUUUUUUUAAAGCAUGUUACUUCGGAGUAAAUAUUUUCUGUAAAUAUGCGUCACUACUUGUCUGCGACUUGCGGAAAAGGAACAGAGGAACAUCUUUGCGGAGGUCUCCAACGCAUUUUUUUUUUAAAUAUGAGCCAUUUAUUAAGUGCGUCUGGAUUAAGUUUAGACCGCAAAUAUACGGAGAUAGUAGUGUCAACGUCUGAACUUGAACUUUGUGUCAUAACACAAAGAAAUUACUGUAACUCUGAUUUCAGAUAGAAAUUGAUAAAUAAUAUUUUUAGUUACAAAGAAUGUUGGCCUGGCUUUCGGGAAAGGACAAUUUUGUUAUAGUCCGCAGUUUGUGGAAUAAAAUUUCCAAAACUUUCCCCUGCUUUAAUAUUACAUCUAUAGUUUAUAAAAAGAUUAAUCACAUCGGCUUUGACUGUUCACUAGAUUUUAGUAAUAAAUUUCAUAACAGCUGCAAACGGUAUUAAGGCCGGGGCACAAUAUGCUGAACCGUUUGUACCAGCGAUAAAUAAAAAAACUGCAAUGUUAAAACUUAUACUUAAAACGGUAAAAAAAAGUUUUGCUAAAAGGUUAAGGUAGAGUAAAGCGGGAAACAAAAACGUGCAAAUUGUUUUGCAACACUAAACUGAUCGCUGCAAAAGUGACAAGUUGAAUUUUAAGUACCCACCAAUUACAACUGUGUCGGAACAAGAGAGAACAAAUCAUGUUAUUUUGUGUGGUAAAAUGAGAAACAAAGCUUUUCAACCGGCUCCCUUUGCAGCAAUUUUGCAAAACAAGUUGUACCAUGUUCGUUUGCCCUUUUUACUGUAGCUUUAGCUCACAAAGCGACUGCGUGUAGCAGCCAGACUGACAGACAAUUCCGCCAUUAAGUAAGGCAGCCUGUGCUAGUUUCAUGUUACAGAUGAACCUGUGCAAAAUGUUUUUUUUUUCUAUUCUCAGGUGUGCGUUUUAGAUCUUAUUCCUAAACCAUUCUGAAUGUUCAAUUGUGAGUAGGCUGUUUCUUCAAUACAACUGUUGUCGAACGACGUAAAAAGAACUGCGAGCGCCAUGAAUUAAGACAAAAAAACGGGAAAAUGAUGGAGGAAAAAGUUCGCUGCAGUGCAACGAAUAGUCCUCGCUAGUAUGCAGUCUACACUGACAAACAAUGAGUUUGUUGAGUGUGUCGAUUAAAGACCAAGAAACUUUAAGAAUAUCUCAGUCUCAUAGUCAGAUUGUGAUCACAUGACUUCAUGCAAAUCAUGAUAAUUUCCAUAAAGGAUGAAAACCGCGUGAAAACUCUUUUUUCGUUUCGUUUGUUUAGAUCGUUAAACACCUGCUAAAUUUGGUGACGAAGAUAUGAUAUAUACAUACAUCACAACUAACGUCCAGCCAUCUUUUUGGCCCGUGAUAUGAAAUAAAAAAUUCUACCAAAAGAGAAAAGCAAAAAAAGCGGGAAAAUGUGCAAUGUACACAAGAUCCAAGAAUAUUUACCCUUCUUACUAAUGCCAGUUUAUACCGGCGACUGGUAAUCGGCUCCUGCCCUUGUAAAGAAUUUUUCGGAUCAAUAACCUCAUUUUGCAAAAAAAAAAAAAAAAAAAAAAAAUUCAAAUAAAUAAAAUAAAAAUGGAAUAAAAUUGUCGAUUUUAAGAUAACCAGUGCUAUCAAACUGGAGUCAUUGACUAGCAGACUCUAAUGGAAGAGAGAAAAAGAAUUAACGAAUGGUAAUUAAUCGUUUUUGAAAUUAACCAAGAACUUUUGUUCGCUUUUUCUAAUUACUCUUGUUUACUUUUCAAUAUAAACCCUGUGGAGACUGACAAUUUGUCUAAAUAAUUGCAUUCACGCAGGGGUGGCUGGCAGGUCGAAAGGAGUGACUCGUCUUUGUGUAUUUAAUGGUGCUCCGGUGGUGUUCUUCAAGCUCAUUAUGAGUGAGAAGUUAAAUCAGUUUUCAACCGUUUUAGGGACAAGUUUGUUUGAAGUUCAUAGCUGGUUUAAAGAAUAAGACGCAGGCAAUUCUUUUUCUCUCUCUACCGACCGAAAGGGAGCCCUUAACUCACUUCUAAUUCAAAAUAUAAAGUCAUGAUUCUAUUUGACACACGUUGACCUUGCUUUCAUUGUUGUGGCUUAGAUUCUGAAAGCUAUAAACUCAACGACGCAUAUCAAACGGUCAUUCAAUCACUGAGCUAAACGAGCAAUCAAAGAGUCUUUCCGAUCGAUCACUCAAGCUUGUCCUUCAGCUCAGCCGGAGCGUGGGAACCUAUCCAAAUUUUGUACUGUCUCGGUUUAGGCCUUUAUUCAACUCUUAGUUUAACCUGGAGCCUACUCGCGGGUCUACUUUUCAAUUUGUUUUGCCUAAUCUCGGUGUUGAUAAGUUUCUUGUAUGUCGGUUUGGACCCAAAGCACGCGUAACGCCGUGGUUGGGCUCGGACUAUUAACGGUAAGUUUUUUCCUGCAUUCUGAUAGAGUACUCUAACAAUUGAAUUCAGUCUGAGUAAUGAAUAAGAACAUAUUCUCUCGUGGAACAUACCAAUGGCUAUCAAGAAAUAAAAGUCGGUUGCCUUUACUGAACCGAUUAAUCAUUAUAUUUUUUGUUUCAAUCCAAUUUUCAGUAUUCUGAUGUCUUGUGUCUAUGAAGGCGCGAGUUUGGCUCUUCGCCUGGCUCUCGUAGGGCUGAGUUUUCCAUUUAACCUACAAAAAAUACCACGGCAUCAUAGUAAAUUUGGAGGAAAAAAACCUUACAAAGAGCUUUUUUUAUCUGACUCAAAAUCUUCUGGAGUAUAAGUUAUAAAAUUUAGUAAAGACACCGGAUUGUGAGUUAAACAAAUCAGUAUAUUUUAAGCACCUCGUUCAGAACCUCACCCCUAAAACCUGAACGAGAACCACUUGAUUAACGAGAACCACAUGGUUUUUGUAAGCAGAAGUACUGGAAUUCUAGCUGCUCUGAAAUCCACCAACGAUUUAGGGUUAAUCAGUUGUUCGUCAGGACAUUCAGGAGUCGUGCCUAUACAUGAACUGAAAUGACACAUAAUGAGGCAUCAACUGAGGCAUCAACGAAAGCCGAACCUAAUUCGAAUUAAGGCCGACCCAAAUUAUUUAGUGGCUUGAUUCAGACGCCGAUCUUAAUUAACGAACUAAAUUCUGCGAAAAAUGUGCAUUUCGGUUUUAAUUUCUGCAUUUGGUUCGGUGACAUGAAAAGUUCGGCGUCUGAAACAAAUUCCAAAAAAUGGAGUCGAAAAGAAUAGUUAUGGCUAAUUGAUUCAGACGCCGAAGUUUUAAUUCAAUUAAACAUGAAAAACGACGUAACAUUAGCGAUUUUAAAUAGCAUGAGCAGAAAAAUUAAAUUCAUAAUGUCAUUGAAUAAAAUAAAAGUAAAUUUUCACUGUCAUAUUGCGACUUGAGUAUCACUGAUAUAUUCACUCAAUCUUUCCGUUCGGGUCGAAUCAACGAAAAUUAUACUGAAAUAAAAAUUCGAAAGUUUAGAGAACUUUCUCUGCUUUUUACCAGUGGAAAAGCUUGAUCAAAUGAACCAGAAAAGUCCAAACCGCGAUACCAUUUUCAAAGGCCUGAAAUUUUAUCAGUUAUUUUAAUAAUACCCAAAAAGUUAAAUAUCUUAAUUCUAUAAUUAAUACUGUGAAUUCUACUUUUUAUGUUUAUGAAUUCUGUUAUUGUUUAUGCUGUUAUAUCAUGUUAUGAAAUAAUGAUUAAAUUACUUUUUAAGCAGUGCCAGAAAAUGUGCGGAAAAUAAAAUUAUCAGUUUACCAGUAAAAUAUUGAUAUUUUUCAAGCAAACAAUCGAAUUUUCCAGUUUCUUUUCACGACAAUAGUCAAACUGGCUAUAGAUGUCAUUGUACUGAAUGAUUUUAAUUUUUUAACUUUCAUAUCAGCUUAUGUAACAAAAAACUGAUCGCGCCAUUCGUUCUUCCGAGUAAACAAAAACUAAUAUUAACCGAAAAACAAGACCAAAAUAGAAAAAUAUGUAUGAAUAGCAAAUUUUGAUUGUAAGCCUGUGAAAGCCAAUGAAAUCAAAUAUUUAUAACUUUUUUUGCGGAUUGGAGUCAAAGUAAUUUAAACUAUUAAAUUUAGCUUGUUUUCGUGAGAUACUCUCGCUUAGGUUUUCAUCAGUCUUCGGGAGGUUUGAUGGUUUAAAAACUCUUUUUGUAUCCUUGGAUAUAUUCGGAUAUUUAUUUACUAAAUCUUUUGGUUAAUGCUUAUGAUCUUUAUUUUGUCUCGGUUGGGCGAAAUCGCACCACGCUGAGUGGAUUUUUCCUGCGAGGCUCGAGGCAGUCGCUGGUUAAUAUAUUCAAUUCUUAAUUUCUUAUCUUUGUUCUCGUUUUGUCAAGAGAUCGCCCUGAUAGUCAGUUUGCUUUAAUUUUUCGAGUCAAGUUUAAACCUCUCUUCGUCUAGCACAAGCUUCGUAGAUGUUAAACAGGUAAUAUCAAAAUAAAAUUAUUUCAUUCAAAAACUGAAUGAUUUCUUAGCAGACAGUCAGAAAGAUCGGUUCUUACCAGGAGUUGUAUGCAUGCGCUUCCCAUUAAUACACACUCGCCAUUUUGGACUUGAAAUCUUAAUCUUCAAACUCAUUGUUGAUUCAUUUUUCCAACAGAUUUUGACGUCUAACAUCAAAAUUCAAGACAUCGAGGUAAGAAACUGCGUGUUCUUUCGUUUCAUAAAGUGUUUUCGGUGUAUAGAAUCUCCCCUCCAUAACAUACAAAUCAGUUCAAGUGUUGAGACCGCGGUUAACUCGAUGGUGGAGCUUUACUAAGAAAAGUUUCUCUGUGUAUUCAUUUUCCUUUGAAACAUUGCCAUGUUCCAAGCACUGAUCUCGUAUAAACUGUUUGUGAUCUGAAAAUCAUUUUACAUUCAUUUUGAAUUAUCCUUGAACGAGGUUGCAUAGCUUUUAAAUUAAUCCUGUUUUGAAGUUGACCUGCAGGUUUUUGGAUCCAGACUGUAACAGUAUAGAAAAAACUGCGCAGAAUUCGCAGUUGAUCAGCGAUUAAGUAUAUCUGAUGAGUACAGACAAAUAUUAAAUAGCCUUAUGUUUCCCACGGCGGUGUUCUAUAUUUUCCAAUCUUCUAUGAUAUCGGAUAGCAAAGAUUUUAAUUCCGCCUGACAUUUAUUGGGAAAUGACAGGAAGAUUUUCAUUUACGCAUUAGAAAAUUCGCGUAGCAAACACUGGCACCAGUGAAAACAUUACACGCCAUGACUUAACCUUAACGUCUCCAGGCGGAAAAUAUUAAGUAAAGUAUAAGUGUUUUGGGUUUAGCUUCCUGCCUUAAAGCGUUUAUUUUACCCCAUAUCGGGAUAAUCUCUAUGCCUUCAGGUAGAUGAUUUCGGAUACUUUAUACAAAUUUGAUUAGGUAUAUGAAACAAUAGGAUAACAGAGGUGAUAGGUUCGAACCUUCAGAUGGAUCUGUUCUCUCGCUCAUAAAAAGAAUACAAGGCAUUUCUCUAAAAUAGCAAAUUUGAGAAAAUGACGCCAAACCGAAAUCAGGAACAAAAAAACUGAUUUUAUUUUAUUGGGUUUGUCCUUUCGAGAAAUAGCUGGGAAGAGACUGUAUAUGACUUAAAUACUUUCAAACCGGUGGCCGAUCCAGGGGAGAGGUCCGGUUCCUUCGCCCCCCCCCCCCCUGGAAGGGACGAAAAAAAAUUUUUUGAGACCGCCCCCUGCCCCAUCCGAAAGUUUGGAUCCGCCAAUGCAAACUUUGACUGAAAGUGUCUAUUUACUGAGAAACGUUAAAUCAUUCAUUUUUGGCAGACAAACCAAUAUUUUUAUCUGAUCGAUUUUUUCUAAAACAGCAAAAGUAAACCCUCCGUGAUUCAUGAGGCCACGCACCUUUUUCUUUAAAGUCCCUAAAGAAAAAAUUAUAAAAAGAAAAAUGUGAAAUUUUUAAGUUAUAUGUUAUCUGAUUGACAUUUCAAAGGAAUCUUCAAAACCAGUCACCUUUGCUCAUAUUAUGUAUGAAAGGAUCUUUCUUCAGACAUAAACAUAUCGAUAUUAUGGAUUGUUCCAGCAUUAAUGUAUGACUGCUACGACGUCUGCACGUAGACUAUGACCGACGAGAAAACUCGACCUGGGCAUGGAGUAAAACUGUUGUAUGUUCAAGAAACACAUGAAUCAUGUACUUACCGUGUGGCACGAAAUUUUUGCGGGUUCUAAUUUUUGAGAUUUUUCCAGCGAUCCGCAAAAAUAAGUUCCCGCAAAUAAAAACUAUCGCAAACAUUUUUUCCGCAAAUAUUUACUCCAGAGUAAAUAUUAAAUUCGCUGCACAAAAUACAAUACUAAAACAUCGUGUUUGUUCAAUUACAACGCGUGCGUCUUUCAUUAAGAAACACAACAGUAUACAAUGAACUACUGGUUUAAUCAUACUUAGGGUACGCAUACCGUAGUAUUGUUUGAAAAUAUGUAUUUCUAUAUUGCACCCACUUUAUAACAAAAACGAAAAUAUAAUCAAUGCUGGGUACUUGGUACUUUCUGAAAAUCGCAAAAGUUAAUUCCCAGCAAGAAAAUUCAGUCUGUCCUAAUGGCAAAACUUAGUUCCCGCAAACUUGACACAAAAUUCGCCAAUCCGCAAAAUAAACUCCCGCAAAAAUUUCGUGCCACACGGUACUUUUCUUUUCUGUCACGACCGACCAAAAAAUUAGUUCGUUACAGAACGAAAAUAUCUCAGUAAAGAUGAAAUGCUGAAAAUGUGACAUUACGUCGGUGUUAGCUCCGAGAUCAGAGUACAAGGAGGAAACUUUCCACUAUCUGAGAGCGAGAGAGAAUAAGCUUGGAACGGGCUACGCCGGUGGGCAAACGGGAUAUGGGAGAGAAAGAUUAUGUGACGAGUAUAAGGUGGCCAAUCAUAUGACAUGACGGUACAAAGGACCACCAGCGCAUAACGAAUGACCCUUUCAUUCACGAAGAGGUUUCACAAGUCUGGUCUCGUUUUACACGAUUACAUCUUCACAGAUUCAAAAGUUAGAACUUCAUUACGUUACAUUUAAUCCAGUGAAUUGAUUUUUGAAAUUGUAGCCUUCUCUGUUACAAUUGCAUGUAAACCAACAACCUUUUCAUUUGUGUUCCAAAAACAAUUUUCCUGUUACUUGAACCUAAUUCACUCGAUGUAAUCCACAUACAUUGAACUUUAAAAUGUUAAGAUUUUAUUUAUGUACAAGAAUAUAAUUCAAUAUGUCAAAUAUAGUUCUGCUUUUUCAUUAUCCUCUGCACUUUAGUCGGCGUUAAUUUGGAACCACUACAACGUAUAUUGUCAAGUGAGGGUUAUCAUGUUAUGUUGGUAGGGCCGGGCUGCCCUUACAUUGUUCGGCUGCAUAUAGGGAAAAGGUGAACGUGACUGUUGGUCACAUUUCUAGGUGCAAGGUUUGACAGCUAUCAAAGCCUUCUUCACAUGUACUUCAUAUGGUCUAGGAUAAAAUCUCUAAAAUGGCCGCCCGUGAACUUAAGAGCGAUGUAGUUUUUAGGCUACGAGUAGUCCCCCAUUUUUCCUCAGGGAUAGUAGAGCGAGCGAAACGCGAGCGGGCGUGAAAAUUGUCGCCUUUUCUUGCGUGGGGUGAUCUUCACCCGCGCUCGCGUUUCGCUCGCUCUACUAUCCCUGAGGAAAAAUGGGGGACUACUCGUAGUCUAUGUAGUUUUCGUGCCUUUAUAUUUUCGACCCGGCUUAAAUUUUGUAUAGCCUGAUUUUCUGCUAGAGGAUCCCUCAAGACGUCCUCAAGCAACCUGACAACUUCCAAGCUCUAUGUUUGGCGUCCCUAAGAUCAUCAUCUAGUCAUAAGUUAAGUUCAAGUAAGUUCACGGUUAUAUCUUACCAGCGUGCGACUGAAGACAAGGUCAGAAAUCAAAACCACAGGAAUUUAAAGAAUAAAGCAAGUUUUUCUAAUAACUUGAAGAACCCGCCCACAUCCGGAGGCCGGGCGUGGUGCACGGUGUGGUCUCCUGGAGGUUUAAAAAGAAAUUGACCUCUGCCGGGAUUUAAUAACUUUUUGUUACUGUUCUGUGCGGUUUGCAAACAUAAUUGGACUGUUCUCUCUCAUCCUGACCUCUUCAGUAAAAGAUUUAUCUUCCUUAUAAAGCUUCAAGAUAUAGAAAACUGUAAAGAUAGACCUAACAAGAUUUAUUUCCACCGAACGAUGUCAAUUUGUUGUAACAGUCGUUCGUUCCCAACGCGCGCGCAUGAGGCACGAGAAAGCGUGGGGCGCCGAUGAGAAAGAGCUUAAAACAAAAACAACGCCGAAACAAGCAAGAACAAAACAGAUUCGCUUUCAAACGCCAUGCUUACACGCGAUUCACACGCUUCGGAAGGAACGGAAAGCUCGUUAUUACGCAGAUAUACAUAUUCUCUUGCAAAAAAUUCGUUCUUCCAAACGAUUAUAAUCUCUUACACGACCAACCUGGGAACAGAAGAAACUUUUAGUCCCGUGAAACGUUCGAGUGGAGAUAAUUAUAAGAGGGAGGUGUAUUCCAAGGCUAAAGCAAAAAACAUUAAACGGUAAAAUAGAAGCUCAAAGAAUGUUUACCAACAACAUCAGAACAGCAACUGAUAACUGGCAACGUUUUUAAAACAGUGGUUUAACCCUUUAAGUCCCAAUGGUGUCCAACAUCAAUUUUCUCCUAACCAUAUCCAUUGAUUGUCAAGAGAUUUUUUCCUUUCUUGUCACCUAAGAGAAAAGCUGUCCCAUUGUUUCAAAAUUUAAUCAGUUUGGAGAAUUUGUAUGUGGAUAUUGGGCUUAAAAAACCGACUGAAAAUUUUCCUUUUUGUCGUUUUCCCAUUCCUUGCUUCGGGGAGCUUGGGCCAAAAACCUAGGACAAUUCGUUUUGAUGACAUUAGUAUAGUUUAGUUCUUAUUGCUGAUAGUUUUACGGGCAAAGUUUUCUCAGGAAACGUCAGGUCAACCGCGUUUAUCUAAGAUUUUGAAAGUUUUUUAGACUAAUUUUGACUUCUUGACUUAAGUUAAGGUUAUCUUUAUUUCUCCAGUGACCUCUUCAGUUCUGACGUAAAAAGCUCAAAAAUAGGAGCCAGGAGUUUUUAGACGAGACUGUAUUUGCUGAUGAAAAAUAUUUACUGUGAACACAUGCAGUCUCUGUUGUGUUGUGACACGAUGACAAAAACUCGCUUCAUCAUUUAUAGCGCCUAAAGAGAAAAUGCCCUUAGGUCGAUAUUUGAAGACCCGCUUUCCUAAAAUAGCGACAAUCGUCUCCGAGAACGAUAAGGUUUGGGCAGUUAUGCAUCAAGUGAUCAAGUGACAACUCUUGAUGGCUCCUUCUGCUUGAAAGUUAAAUUAAACAAAGUUUGAGACUUUCUAAUUUUUGAUUCUACGGACGAAAUCCUGUAACCAUUCAAACAAGACCUCUUCCGUAGCCCUUGAAAUGGUGAUAUUUUGUUGUUCAUAUUUUGAAAUUUAAAGUUAAGAUUUUUCAAGAACGUUUUCCAUGUGCUUUCCAGAGGGGCUAUUAAAAAUUUGGUGUGAUUUUUAUGAUAAUUGUUCUUCAGACCGAAACAAUGGAUCUUGUCAGAUUCAAUUGCUUUUGGCGUUUCCGGUGUUUUUCAACACAAGAAUUUGCACUUCUGCAGAUGCCAUUAUUUCUGCCGUGAAAUCGUUUAGAGGCGCUUGGAAAAAAGAUUUGUUUUCUAGCGUCGUGUUUGUUUACCACGCGAGAGAACGCAUAUUAAGUAAAAUCUCGCAUAGAAACCACGCGUACGCGCGAACGCUCGAUUGAUAUGGUGUAAGGUCAUCAAUUUACUUGUCAACUCAAAAACGCAACUCGCAAUUUGAUUGGCUAAUGUAUGACCCUGUUGUUGGGCAAUUGUUUUUUCAGGAGUUUCCUUUCUGGUCACUUUAGCGUAUGUCCAUUUCGGUUGUAAACGUCCGAUUACAGUCUUCUUUGUCUCGCGUGUUGUUUUCACAAACAUGUGUAAAAGGUCCGUGGAUCCUUACUAGAGACCACUAUCGUAUAAGAAGGAAAUUUCACUUGGAUCUAUCGUCUUUAAUGUGGUCUUCUUAUUAAUAGGUUCUACGGUGUCAUGUUCAUCGUGUGGUUGUGCUGCUUUUUCACUCUGUUUCAACGAGGUAAGUUUUCAGCGUUUUCUUCCGUAAUUAUCACGCGACUGCCGAAAGAUCGCGGCUUAAAAUCAGCAAGCUUUUGUGUUUUUAAAUUCCCCAAAUACAUUAAACCGGUGCGAUUUCUAGUCGCAAUAUACAUGGACCGUUCCAUAUUAAUUCAUCAUCGCUGGAUGAAACCAACCACUACCCUAAGUUUUGUGCUACAAUAUCACUUAAUCUAAAAUAAUGUACUUAGUUUUGUUCACAAUUAUAACAAGCUCAUUUGUGGAUUUUACUGCAGUCGAAUGGAACUGUCCUUCAUCCACAGAUUUCUCAGAUCAAUGUAAGUCUUCUCCAGGCAUUGGAGAUCGACGCGUUCGUUUAUCGCGGGAUCGAAUCUUAGGUCGAGUUAUCGUCGAUCAUAAUUCUCCUGAUGGAUUUGGCUGGGUUUAUUAUAGCGCUAUAAAUGCUCGCUUCUUUGAAAGCGCUAGCGCAAAUUUGAAUGUUUGGUGGGUGAUUUUGCCUGCUGAGGAUUAUGGCGUCAUAAUUUAUGACUCGACCUUCCACUACACUGCACGGUACAGCUGAGUAACUAAAGCAUGGACAGAAGAUGUGUAUUUCAACACGUGAGAGCUAGAGAGCUUCAAAAUUCUUCAGCUUACGAUCGUAUCGGUUAAGCAAUAGAGCAAUAAUUAUAUAUUGCCUAGGGCAAUUCAUUCGAUUAAGCUUAGAACUUCUUCCAAUCGAUUGUUAAAAUUCGUCCCUAGAACUCGAACACUAUAUAAAUUCGCCUAUUUCCGCCCGUGUUUAUUUCAGGUUUGGCACAGGGAUCUUCAACGAAUCCCGAUCCAGGUGGUGGAAAAAACCCACCUUUGGAAGUCAACGUGAAGCUAGGAUCAGAUGUGAUUUUACUAUGUGAUGCUGUAAAGGAUGACCAAGUGUCUCAGCUUCUAGAAUGGCGAAAGAACGGCUCGAAAAGCCCAAUCUUCAUCAAGUUUAUGAACUUCAAACCUCACAUCGACUCGCGUUAUUCCCGACGCUUGCAUAUGAUCAACAAUUCGGCUAUUUUGCUUUCUAGCGCGAAGAAAAGUGAUGCAGGAAUCUAUCGCUGCCGAACAAUGCAGUCGGGUGGCGAUAGCACGAUUAUGAAUCAAGGAAGAUGGAUUGUUUUAAAAGUUAUUGGUAAGUUUUAAUUAUUUGCUGUUUUUGUAUAAUUGUAAACCGAGUAGAGAGUACGUAGUCCGAUAUAUACACUUGUCGAGAGCGAAAAAUCGUUUUUUUUUUUAAGAAGUUAGUUUACCAAUUAAUGGAGUGGUUUUGUCGAUUUAUUACGAGUGAAUUAUGGGGCUGACCUAACUGUAAUUAAUAGUACCUGAAAAUAAGAAUUUAUCAAAUUUUUCCGGGGGUAAAAUUCCCUAUUUUUCCAAAUCUAGCCUAUUUAAAAACAGAAGCUAAUGGAUAGACACGUCUCGAUCGAAAAGCUAAUAAAAUGUAGCGAGAUGAUCGUUCGUUCGUUCGACUCUAAGAAGCGUUUAUGCAAGUCACGUAUCGAUGGUUUUGACCUGCUGUGAUAGUGUGUAGGCCGGACAAGAGAAAUAUUUAUACCCUUUGUGUAUCAUCUUAUUGGCCAUUAUAUGACAUUAGUUUCACUGUAUAUUUCUGGCGGUAACGUCAUAUCACUUGCACGAUGGGGUCUCUGCAUUUAAAUAGAUUCCAAAAUCAAUCUGAUAUCUUUCUUCUCAGUAGAAAAACUAAAAAUAAUCAAGGUAAUAAUUUGAAAAUUUUCAAACCGCUUCUCCUCCUCCUCAACCGAAUCAUAGCAUUUGAUACACCCAGUGUCUCGUGUUUAUUCAUGUAGUCUAUAUUGUGAAUAUAUUAAAAUGCGGUUUAAAUUCCUGAGCGAAUUAAAAAACGCGUUUUCGGGAAAGAAAAAUACAGUCCUCCCCCACGAAAAAAACAUUGCAUCAAUGUUUAUUCGAUUAAGCAAAAAUUAUUAAACAAAUCUGCUUCACCUGUUAUAGGUUACAAAACCUGUCAUAUAUUUAUCAGUCAUUUGAUCUCCUUCAGUCCCCUUUAUGAAAGACGGUCACUUUACCACUAAACAUAUGCAUUUAACAAACUGUUAAACUAUAAUGUUCCUAAGGUUUCCUGCCUCAUUCUACUCAAAGGGGCUGAGUGUUUGUGUCAGAAGUAGGACAGGGUAUAUUUUUCCGGUUUGCAUCGUCUUCGUCAUGCAAAAAACUAUAUUUUAGUGUACCCAUGUGAUGUGGUUAUGAUCUCCAUACUUUCAGCACGGAAAACCCGUGGAAUGAACGGAAACCAAUGAUAUGUCGGACAGCAAGCUUCCAAAAUAUCUUUUUAUGUCAUGUAACAUCAAAAUUUUAACAACAAUUCAAAACUCUUUAUUACGAGGUCAGUUGGAAGUUAUCUUCGUUUACGGGCGGCAAAACCUCUUCCGAGCUUUGCGACUUUGCAUUUUGUAUGCGCAAACCGCUAUCUUAAUCCCUUGUAAUUGAAAUAUGCAUUGUGGUGUGGAAGCCCCAAGUCACUGCAAUAUAUUAAGGGCUUAAUUACUAUUAUUCCGACAAAGAGUGGUAUCAAACCUAAGCUCUGACUUAAGUCUAUGCUGGUUUCCCAAAGUGUCGAAAAAUUUCUUUAAGUAAGUUGAAUUCGAGCUUGGUGCUUUUACCUUUUUGAGCGAGUCUCUCGUGGUUUUUUCUCGUACAUUAUCUUAGGAAUACGAAAAAGCAUUAUUGGCUUUCUUUUGUUCCAGUUUUCACACCUUCUUUGUGUUGAACAAGAAUGCACAAACUGGAUAACGAAGUCGAGCAUUGAGCCGUUUUUCGACCGUCCUUCGAAGACGACACUUUCCUCUUAAAAAGUUCUUUGUGAUACGAUUUUGAAGUUCACCGGGCAUGUGCAUUGUGCAUAUCAAGACUGGCUUUUAAUGCUCAAAACCCUUAAGCUGUUUUAUUCGAAAGUAUUUGAAAAAAGUUACAACAAUAAAACAGCAAACAAGCGUGGUGGCCGUUUUUGUCAAAACUGUACUUUGGGUACUGAAUAACAAGACCGCUUUGAAUCCUUUAUUUGGCCUGAUGCUAAUCUAGUUAACAACUCAAAAAAGCGAAAUCGGUGAACAAGGAUUCCGUUUGAGCCUCUGACAUUUGUCGUGAAAAAUUGCAGUUAACCACAUAAAACAACCCGCAAGUUAUUUUACAGCUCGGCGUCCAGUAAAAGUUUUCCGCUGCGAGCAAACACGUUCCUGAUUUAAUAUCCUCUGUUUAAAAAGGUUUUACUUCAUGUUUGCUAAAGCCCCGCUGUUUUGACAGUUUGUCUUUGUGUCACCGAUGUUUUCGUUUCUCUUACAACUCCAAGCUACGAAGCGCUUUUGAAAUUCAUUUUUACCCAACUAGUUUUUCUUUUCUUGACUGUUCUUUUGUUCGACAUAACGCCGAUAUACAAAACUUAACCUUAAAAACUGUACCGCACAAUCUAGUUUCAACAACAGCGGUUAAUAACUACAAACCUCAGGAAAUCACAAAAUUCACUUUCAAGAUGCAAUAACGUUUGUGUUUGUUCAAACAAAAAACAAACCGAGCGACAUUUUGUUUCAUAAAGAAAGUACACGAAAGUGAGGUUACCAUGGCAACAUAGCUUGUCUGUGUGAUCAGAGCAGAAAGACCUGUCAACUUUGAGAAACUAAUUUUGAAUAAUCGAACAAUAAUACUACUCCUGGGAGGUUCAGUUUUGUCAGAUGACUUGACCUUAAGCCCGGAAAAUAAAUCCACUUGAAGAAUUUUUAAAGAGGCGACGGUUUAUAAAUAAUUUUGUCAAUAAAUGAUCACGGAAACUAGAAGUACAGAGUUUAAGUUCGAGAUGUGGUGGAGUGAUUUUUUUCGUCGUACACAUCCUAGCAGAAGCAAAUUACUGCAAUUACCACGAACCUCGUGAUUAACGAUAAUCCUUAUUCAGGAACAAACAUCUAAAACUUUCAAGAUUUAACAGACAGUAAAUAACGGUGACUUUCAAACUUUCCAGUAACAGUGAAUAUUUAAAUCUCGGUCAAUUACAUUUUUAACCCACGCUUCAACUUCCCAUGUCAAUUAUCUGCUUUUGACCACUCUAUUUUAAAUUCUUUCUCUUUUUGCUGUUCUCUUUAUGAAAAUAUUUCUCUAAAUAAACAGAUCCCGCGCCAAGGUAAAUUCUAUAGUGUAACUCCUGAUUACUUUACAGCGAAAAAGCAAACACCUUUUUGCGCCAGCAGAUUUUUCCCACACUUCUAUAAACUAGGAGUGUCAAAACAAUUACAGAAAAGAACCUUAGAUUGUUGUUUUUGCUUAAUUCUUGUUUAGAGUUUAACGAAUACAAGGGGUCUGAUCUCCUGAUUCCUCAGCCUACUCUAGUCAAGUCCGAAAAAAAUGUUAGAUUAUUACCGCGUUUUCUUAUCUUCAUUCAUGUUCAAACGAGGUAGAGAUAUUAUUCGAAUUGAUAAAACUCAACAGUUAGCGCUUCAGAUCAGAGUAUUGAGUUCUCAAAACAAGGGUAGCCCGUCAGAGUCUGACUAGAGAGGAAAAAUAUUCACUAUCUCCUUCUUUCCGUUCCGAUCUUUACUGGGUGUCCUGUGGAUCAACGUUAGGUCGAAUUUACAUGGAAAACUCUUUAAGUACGAAAGAGAACUGUAAACAGAAAAAAGGGGGUGAAUUAUUAAAGCGGAUCUAUUUGUUGCGUACCAAAAACUAAUUUAAUCAUUAGAUUUCACUAUUAUUCCUUGCAGCCUAUUUUUAUUUAAACUUCCUUAGCUUAAAUCAAAUUCAUUGAUUAAAAUAAUUCCCAGUAUUUCUCCAUUUCAUUUUUCUCAGUGGUGUAUGUUUUGGUCUUUGACUGACUUCAUCGGUUCCUUUAUUGAUUGACUUGAUCAUACAUAUUAUUUUCUGCUUGCAAAUUCCUGUAACUAAUCUUUCUCUCAGCUAAUAAUCGUAAGCCCUUUCGCGUGCUUUUUUUCCGCGUCAGUUUAGACUGAUGAACUGAAAUAAAAGGCAUUUCCUGAAAAUAUCAUGAAUGAUCAACACGAGCUGCACGCGCUGCUCAUGGGUCCCUGCACAUUCUUUUAAGACAUUGGCAUCUUUAAUUCUGGUGUUGUCCUCUUUUUGCUUUGAAGCCUGCUUUCCACCUGUUUGGAAACCGAGAAUAAAAGUGUUCGAAGUAAAAAAUUCGGCAAAAAUUUCAAAUUUCCUUGAGUAAAAUUUUGAAAAAGAAAUAGUAACAUUUGAAAGAACUGUCAAACAGGUUUUUUUUGAAUAGUCACAACGGAUUUUGUCUCUCUCUCCUCCUUUUUUGAUUUUACUUUUUAACUCUUCGCGCGUGGCUCUGAGGAAAGAAAAACGACCGCUCGCGGUCUAAGCCUGUUCAAGGCUCCAAGAUCAUACUGUAGUCGUGAAGUAAAAAAGGGAUACGAAAUACGCGCGGGGGCUGAGGAGAGAGAGGACCUAUUUUUUCCCGCUACCGCCCUUCCCGCCCGCCUUCCUCAGAUCGUGCGCGUGUUAUUUUCCCCCUUGGCUUAUUUUAUUAUCGCAACAUCCCUACCGGCUGUUAGCCUCGAACAGUCUAAGCGUCCUUUACGAAUGAAAAGAUGAAUUGUCAGACAAUCCGCUUUCAAAUGCGAACUUCCUUCAUGUCGUUUGAAUUCCUUCAUAACCUUGUGGAGUUUUUACACAUAAGACUGGUAUAACUGCAGUGUUGUUUUUUUCUUGACAAGAGAAAUUUGCCAUUUUUAAUCCAUUUGUUCUACCAGAAAGACUUGCUACUGUAAACGCCGCUUGUAUUAUUUGUGAUAUUUUCAGGAAUGAUUGGCACAAAAAGCGAAGGGGGUUCUUUCUUAAUCUUAUAAUAACUUUUAACCUUUUAACUUCUUUCUUUCUCUCGCUGUAUCAGCCCCUCGACCAGUUCUAGUCCCUCCCUUCUUCCUAAAGAAACCGCUGGAUAAAAUAACCGCUAACGAAAGCGAUUCUUUGUCUCUGCCAUGCCUGAUUGGGGGUACACCGGAACCGGAAGUGGAAUGGUUCAAACACGGGGCACAAAUACCUUUUGAGCGGGCUUCUGUCUCAACUGGGAGUCACGUGCUUUCAAUAACAGCCCUUGUACCUGGUGACAGCGGUCGGUACCAGUGCUCCUCGUUUAAUUCCGUUGGGCACCUCCAUCAUGUGUUUGAAGUUACUGUCCAGCGUACGUAAGAAAAAAUUUUCUAAAAUGCAAAUUCGUCAAUGCACUAUACAAUUAUCACGUUCGUAUUCAGACCACCUUCAGUUAUUUUCAACUCUUCGUGAUUUUUCUUUGAAGGAAAGAGCUUGAUCCGUUUUUUUUGCUAGGGAAGAAAAGUAACCUCUUUACCUUACCAUUUUUCAGCUCUCAGCACUGACUUAGUUUCUUUUUGUUCGAAACUUUAUUUUCCCUUGGUUGCGCCCAGUUUGAAUGAUUGGAAAAGGCUUGAGCAAAAAAACAAAUUUAAGACUACUAAAAGUAGCAAACAACCCAGAGAAACAAAAGCCUUUUCCUCCAAACCUUUCCUAAGCAGCCCUUAGAAUAACUCUUUUUCAGUUCGAAUAAAACUCUAGUUUAUAAAAACGCAAUGUUUAUAUUACAUUUCUAACAAUCAUUGAAUAACUGAAUGAUUAUUGAUUACUAAGACAGGCAAAUAUAACCAAGAUUGAGCUUCAAGCCCGGGGACUUCAAGGGUCUAAAUUAGGACUGCCUUUUGUUCUACACGAUGCUCCCUUCAGCGUCAUUGAUUUCUGUCAAAUAUGAAGAGUUGAAAAAGUCUGGGUGAUAAUUUUACACAUAUGCAAAUUAUCUACGUGUUUUCCUUCGUCCACUUUUGCACCUUGAAAAUUAGCUUUUUUGCAAACUUGACCUUGCGUUGAUAUCUAAGAAUAAAGAGGUUGUGCAGAAAUUUACACUACAUUACUGUUUUUUUAAUGCAGAAUUUCACCUUAACCUCAGCGACUGCUAGUUAUCUUUAGUUAUGUGAUCCUGUUUUGUUUUGUACUCAAUUGUUAAUAUGAGGAUAAUCUGCAAUGACACACUUAAUAUAUUAUACACAAGCUCGCACGAUUGUGUUCCAGUUUUUCAUAGGAGGUCAAAUUAAUAAAUUUAUCUGAUGUUUGGUUUGGAUAAAAACCAAGUUGGUUGUAUUCUAUUGAUGUGAAAACAUUGUCUCGCCGUAAGAGAUAGAUAUCCAUUAUAUUGGGUGCUAACAGCUGAAAAGAUUCUCCCACGUAAAUAUCAGAGUGAGUUCGUUUUAUAGGCCGUAUACUUGAAAAUCUUCAUUAUUUGAGCAAUGAGAAGUCUCUGGCAUCAGCACUGUUCAUUUUCGGUGCAUUUAACCUCUAGAUUAAAAAUCAUAUAAUUAAUUACUGUUCACCAUUACAUUGAAUAGCUGUCCUUCCUUGGUACUUGAUCGCACCUAUGUAUGGGCGCGCGAUGUCCUUUUUUACCCUUUAGUAAUUAGUUUUUCCUUUCUCCAAUAUUGUUCAUUAUUCAUUCCAACUUUGUGAUACUUUGAAAAUGUUUUUCUUUGUUAUAUUGUUUCUAUUCUUAUCAUUUUAAUUGGCUUUUGGCCAGUGCAAGAGGAAUUGUUUGGGAUUAAAAGCCGCACAAUAGAGACUAGGUUAGGAGCACGGCUAUAAUUCCGGCCCCACUUGAUAUGUAGCGGAAGAACAUGUAGGAGCCCUUUCCAGAUCAAAGGCGGGCAUCAUAGAAAUAGCAAUAGUACUUCCUUUUUUAUGGAGAAGGAUUUAUUCCUGAGGCACGUUUUUAGAAUAACGUACUUCACUGGACAGUUUUACGAGAGAACUUUACGUUAGCUGAAAGGAUCGAAGUAUCUAGACCGAGAGAAUCCGGCGAUUACUUUUCACCGCGAUCGCCGACUGCAGUGAUCGGAAAUUAUUACUUCAAAGGCCCGAUUUUGACCUGCAGUGGAGGUUUAUUCAAAAUGUAAGAAAUGUCCCAGAUUUCCGGUUGACGUAGAUCUUGCAAAGUGCUGAUAAUUAUAUGUUGUGCAUGCUCAAUCCGGUUCCAGCUAUGCUACACUAGAGAAUGUAGAUGAAAUCCUAAUAUGAGGUGUUUCAAUUCAUAGCAUUUUUUUCCUGCAAUGUUUUGUGUGUUAGGCUAUACAAGUUUUACUUAAACAACAGUCAGCAGUUUCAUCUAGGAAAUUUUUUGUUAGGUCCUUCAGACUCCUCCAAACGCCGAUUAAUUUUGAAGGCUGUUUUUCUCGACGUUUAACCCUCUUUCUUAGCUGUUCUAGCAUAAUCUUAUUCAUGGCGACAACCUAACCAAGUUUACAUGUUGUUGAUAUUCAGUGUAUUUCAGGGCCCCGUUUGGUUCCUUUUCAAUAUGCUUGAUGGUUUUUCUUUAGGCACAUUGUCACUAUAAAAUUAAAUCUGCCAAGGUUGCGGGUGAUAGGAUAAUCUGCAACAUCAGACUUCCUUUCUCAGCGAAAAGCAAGCGCCGGAUCGGGAAAUCCUUUUACUCUUUAUACCCAGAUGAACCGUCAGUUUUUCAUUAACACCAUGAGAAUACCCACAUUGUAAAAACAUUCGAAACCUAUUUUUAAAAAAAAUCCUGGGAAAUAUAUAGUGUCAUGCGUACACUGCUGAAGAGGUUUCAUAUGAAAGGAUAUAUCGUAGAAUUCCGCUUAUGGACUUAUAAAGUACGGAUUAUAACACAUGUCUGAAAGGGUGAAGGAAUUAUUGUUUCAAAGCGAACCCUUGUUUCACUUCCUUAUUACCCAAUUCAACACAUUUUUCAUCCGCAUAAGUUUUCGGGGCACUCUAAUAAGUCGUCUGUAAUGAUCACCAGAAAAGCUCCUUUUGCUGUCCAGUUUUCUGAUAUAACUAUUUAAUCUACUUAAGUGGCGCCAAACUACAGAAAUUAGCGUUCUUCUGUCACAAGAAAGAAACUUGAAAGUGAUAUUACGAAUAUAGUCUUUGGAGCCUUAUAUGCUUUAACAAGUCUGGUGCCUUUAUAAAUAUCCUUAAUGAGCGAUUGUCAUUGGCUUGUCAGAAAAGUUCAAAAACAGAUUUGACAGAAUUUUUUUGACAUUAAUAAUUCCGAGAGGCCAAAAGCGUUUUGAAGAGUGUACUCAUAUUCCGUCUUCGACUUAGGACGGAGUUCCGCACGGAAGAUCGUGAUAAUUUCCUCGCUUUUUAAAAGUAUUAUGGUCUAAAGAGAUUCAACAACGUGUUAGAAAUGUGGGAAUCUGUUGUGGAAACGAGACAGAAACGUUGGAUAUUUAAGUUUUUCAUGAUGGUCUUGAGCAUUAGUGUGGGAAGAUUAUCUCAAGGUACCAAAAGACGUUCUUUUAUUGUGUUGACUUAUUUUGAUAUAGCUCAUUCGAAGCAAGCCUUUCAGUGAUUUUUUUCGUUUUUCUCGCAUUUUAAAGUAGAAUUUUUAAGCGUUAAGAUUUUUAAAUCACAUGAGACAUAUAAUUUUCCUACAUGUGUACUAAACAGUUACGGAGCAUAGACAGUGUGUUUAAUUCUACGCAAUACAGUUAAUAAUGUAGAAAAUAGCGUGUAUAUUGUACUUUCGGCCUUUGAAUCGAGGUUGAAAACUUUCUACAAGGCUGCUAUGUUUAUUUAAAGCCAUUCUUGGUUUGUUUGUUUAAGGAAAAUUAAUCUAGUCUCCAGAAAUCCUCAACUUAAAGUAAGCUUGUUCUGUUUCAUUUUAAAACUGAAAGCCAGAGAGAAAUUUGUGGCAGUAAUAAAUUCAUUUUUUCUUGUUUUAUCUCUGUACUUGCGGAUUUUGUGCAUAAUUCUGUGGUUAUUUGUCGUUUUUGCUUUUGCUUUUAGCUGUUGGAAGAGUUUUAUUUCUUCCCUGGUAUACUGUACAAUGUUUUUUAAUAAGCACUUUAGAUCACCAAAGAUUCGUUUCCGCUGUCUUCUCGAUUACUUGCACUAUCUAUAGUUUGGAGAAAUUCUCGCAAUCGGUCCUUUUUUCCAAAACUGUAUAAAGGUUUUUGAAUUUUCUUUUUAUUUUCUCUCUAUAAGGAGAAAUAGCAUUCAUGUUUUCACAACACGCUCAGUUAAUUGUCGUAACACAGGUGACCCAUUCUCAUAUAGACUGCUGAGUAUCCUGUGCUUAGGCUAUUUUAAUUCGCCGUUACGUCAUUCUUACUUUCGUAGUGGAUUUUUUCUCCAGGAAAAGCUGGCUUACCGUCUCGUCGUAAAGCAGUAGUAGAGAAAUACCCUACCGUUCUAGAAUGCCUGACGGACACAAAUCUGCCGAGUGAAAAUGUUAUUUACAGUUGGACGAAAGACGGAAGUGACGCCACAACUGAUCCUCGAGCAACAGUCAUUGCAUCCGGAGCUUUGUUCAUCAAGUCCACCCUCCGUGCAGACUCUGGUGUUUACCAGUGCACCGCCAAAACGUUCGACUCCAGCGGCUUGGUUACCUAUCCAGGAGCAAAAACAUUAUUGGACGUACAAUGUGAGUCUGUCAGUCUCAUUCACGCCUGCCAAAGUGAAAUGACACGGGUGGGGUGGGAGAGGUUCUCUGCCUUUUCUUGUCCCUGAAGGCCCAGGAACUUUCUUAGAGCCUAGGAUUUGAUGGAUUAUAACAUAAUCAAAUGUAAUCAAGACAUCUUCUUGUAUAAUGUGAUCUGUUUUUUUUCUCCUGUUGUUACUUCAGUUCCCCCUACGAUUAUUGACAUGCCAAAGAGCGUAGCAGUUCCGGAGGGAGCUGACGCCCGGUUACCAUGUGUUUCCGCGGGAAAUCCGACCACAGACUUUACAAACUGGACACGACAAGGUGAAAGUGUUCGUUCAAAUCCAAGGUUCGCCGUGUUGGAGAAAGGCGCUCUGCUGAUUCAAGACGUCCGUCGCACUGACGCUGGGGAGUACUCUUGUACUCCAUAUAACAAAGUAGGCUACGGGAUGAGUAAGACAACAAGGCUUGUUUUGAAAGGUAGGUGAUCAUUCGAAGCUUAUAAUGGGUAUAACAUUUAAAAAAAAGAAUUAAAAGCCAAUACAGGAUUAACUGCUAAACUACUGCAUAUCUACCCACAGUUGUUCCAAAAUUUAUCGUUGCUCCACCAAGCAUCAUGACACUUAAAGUGGAUGACGACGUCACACUUGACUGUGAAGCCACUUCAGAGUCACCUCCCACGGUGACAUGGGAACGCGAGGGUGCUCCCUUCCCACAAGGCCGCACGGUCAGCAAGGGCGGAAAGUUGGUCAUCACGGGUAUACAGAAGGAAGACUAUGGUGUUUAUACUUGCAUUGCGACCUCAGACGAUGCACAGGCCAGGCAUUCAACAACCUUAGCUGUUAUAUGUAAGUAAGCUGUCUUAAUCCGAUUCUGAUGGUCCUUGUUUGUCGCCUUUUUUUUGCCUCCCACUCGUUAAACCUUUUCGGGAAGGUUUAAUAAACUAUAAACUUAGUUCUGGCUGAUAAUGUUUAUCACGUUAUCUUACAGCGACUCCCAGCAAACCUACGAUACGAUAUGUGGACUUCAAUGGUUCAACGGUCGUGAUUAAAUGGCAGCCUGGGUACGAUGGAGGUUAUCCACAGCAGAUGGAAGUCUGGUAUCGACUGUCUUCAGCCAAUGACUACGAGUGGCGCAGUUCAUCUUACCUCCCACCUAGCGUGACGUCACACCAGAUCCCAAACCUCCAGCUGGAUCAAAUGUAUCUGUUUAGCGUCAGAGGUAUCAACCGAGAGGGAGCUGGGCACUUCAGUGAUAUCGUGGAAGCAAAAGGGUUACCGCUGGUUAUUAAUCAUAACCCUAAAAAUUCGGGUAAGUUAAGCGGCUGCGAAAAUCAUUUGCUUAGGUGAGGUGGAUUCCAGGUAUAUAGGAAAAACGUUCGACCUAGCAGUCUUGUUUUCUCGAUUUUAAGAGACAAUUUCAAUGUUCUUAUUAAUAUUGAGUGACUGUAAGGUGUCGGCAUUGCGGAAGGGUUAAAGUUUUGUUUGCCACUGAAUUGUCUUGAAGUUUUCAUACGACAUGUUGUCUUAUUAUUCGUAAAUUAGGUUACAACCUUAAUGUUGUUACACGAGAUUUUUUUGAAAAUAGGUUGCACGAGAGCAAAAGGGGUGCAAAAAAGAGUGGUCACUUUGCUUGAUUGUGAUGCUUAACUGUUUUGGUUCCUCGUGGUGUGUAUUGUUCUGUCCAAUACCACGACGAAACAUUUCACCGUUCUAAAUAUCCUUCUCAAAUAUUUUUGGUGCUUCCAACAGAUAAACCUUUAGCACCGGAGAAUGUUAUUGUCAACAUCACCAAGGAUGGCUACUACAUCAGCUGGACUCACGCAGCUGUUCCCGGCCGACCCCCUGUGGAGAAAUUUGUCGUGGAGUACAAGGAAGGGAAAGAUUCGUCUACCUGGCAUGUUGCAGAUUCCGCUGUAUCAGCGAAUCGUAGGGUCUACUUGUUUACAACGGAAAUGGCAGAGGCAGAAAAGAGCUAUGAUUUUCGCGUCAUGGCUUUUGGAGCGAACGAGUUCAGCGAGGCUGCGUAUGUUUCAAAGACAUAUAACAUUGGUGAGUUUUCAUCUUAUUUGGUUGAGAAUUUUUAAAAUAUUUUCGACUUAGCGCAAUUUUUCUUACGUUUUACCGUUGUCUUGUUUUCAGCCACCCCAGAUUUUGGUGCGGAUUCCAAUAGCAGCGACGUAGUUCCAAUCAUUGCAGGAGUCCUGGGAGCCAUAUUUGGUGUCUUCUUGCUUGGCCUGCUUUACUUCUGCUUUGUUCGUAAAAGGAAAAGAGACAGUAAGUUGCGGCAUUGUUCAAAUACUCACUAUCCCCCCCCCCCCCCCCUCCCUUCCUCUGCUACAGUCAGGUGCUCGUUUUAUCCUGAUCCUCAUCUCAUCCCACACCUAUCACCCACUGAAAUGGCAAUAUGGUGCCUUUUGCCUUGCCUAGUCCUUAGGCCUCUUCAUUCCGCGCGGUCUAUGCGUUUCACGUAACGUUGUCCGAGCGAUGUUUUCGUCUCCGAUACGUCACCGAAAUGCAUUGACCAAGAAGGCUUGGGAAUAACCCUCCCCACCCCCUGUACUAUCAGCACUAGUUAGAAACUGACAUUUGCACCGCGAAGAAUCAUGUUAUGCCUGAAUAAUUAUAUGUACACUUACCUUUUUUUCCUGUAUUAAAACCAAUGACUUCCUUUUUUGCACUAGCCCUCCCCACCCUUUGAAUAAUAACAAGUCACUAAGGCGAUUUAAGCAAUCACCACCUUGGCAACAUUCGCUCAUUCAUUGUUGUUUUAAUCUUCUGACUAACUAUUCUACGUUUUUAUCACAGAAUUUGAUGUCCAGUCUGGAAACAAGAAAGUUCAAUUUAUUCUCCCAAGGUUAGUUAGAAAUUUGAACGCUUUUACGUGGGUUUCCUGCGAUUUUCGAGGCUCUGAUGAUUUUGAAAUACCUGACUGAGGCACCCAUUUAUCGAAAGUUCCUCAGUACUAACUGAGUUUCAGUGUUGCCCUGUGAUUGCGUCACUAAGACACUGCCCAGGAUCUUCUGGGUAUGGAAUCAAAGGACGGCCUUCCGAUUUAAAAAUAGGGAAGUUUCUUCCUUCGACUCCAGCACGAUGGAGCUUGCUUACCCACGUCAGAAAAGGAAUAUUUCUUAGCCUGAACACUAACUUAUAGAACAAAAGAACUGUCGGAAAGAAAUUUACGUCUAUGUCCUUUACUGACAUUUUUAUACAGUUUAGCUGUUUCUCUUAACGGACUUCGAGUCCUAUAGUCGAGCUUCAUGUUUUCCAUAUCUCACAAUAACUACAGAUCGCACUGGCGCGCACGCGGACACAUCAAUUAUAACAGUUAACUCGCUGCGAGAGUUAGUUUAACUUGUCCAGAUAGAUUUAACGGAUAUUUGACGGUAUAAAGCGAAAGAAAGCAUUGUAUAGCUUGUUUUUAGCAUGCUGAGAUCGCUGCAGGUAUCAUAUGGAAGAUGAGACGUACGCUGGCGGCAAUGAUAAAUGUUUCAUCAAUAAGCGCUGCAAAAUUUUCGGUACAACUCUCAGGUUGAUUUAAUUUGUCAUUUUCUUGGUCUGAACGCCCGUAUUAUCAAAAAUAAGAUAGACUGGGUUUAAAUUUGCGACUUAAUUGAUUGUAAUGAAUUUGUCCAAAGUCACGGAAGAAUUCUGCUGAGGAUUUGUUUGUGUAUGGAGUAAUUAGAGUCGGUAAAGAGAUCCCAUGUUUUAAUUCACACCACACUCUACGACUCUGUGUAUCUUUUGACAAUGUAUAAUUUAUGUUCAUGAUUAGAAAGUCAUUCAAGUCUGUUGGCUUGUCUUCCAAAAAACGGCAGGUGCCUCGUUCCAUUAACAUUAGAAGACACUUUUCUGGUGGAUUACCAAAAACCAAAAUUUAAGUAACUUCGUCGGGUUCGUACCGAAAAAGUUCCGUAAAUGUUGCCGGAAAAUUUAGAGUCGUUUUUAGGAACGUGAAGUGAGUUUUUUAAACCUAAAAAACAAACUUGCAGUUAUUUCAGUGGUCGUCAUUCAUCAAGUAUAGCUGUCAAAAAGUGAAAUAUUAUGGAUAUGUGGCAAAGUUUCAGCUUGGUUUUCGAGUAGAGUUUCUUCAAAUCACAGUGGUGCAUUUUUAUUUUCAUCCUCGAGGAGAUUUGAAUGGGUUCAUUAUUGAGGUAUUUGCAUGGAGGAAGAUAUUUCAUCAUUUAUUUUGUCUUUAGACCGCUCGCUGAUACAACGAUAAUGUCUUGUAAAUUUGGCAAACGUUUUAUCUGUAUAACCACCUUUUCUUCCUCUCCUGGACAUCAUAUUAUCUUUGGUUUUGAACAAGAAGCUGCACUAUUUUUUAAUGACCUGAUUCUGAAUCGUAUUUCUCACUCCGAGUCUUUCACAAUGAUUGAGAUUCUAUCUUUGCCUUCCCUGAUCAAAAUUAGUUGAACCAUUCUCAGUAUUGAAGUACAAGCUCUACUAAAUCUUUUAAAAUCUUUAAUUUUACAAUUGCUGUGUUAGAACUUUAACAGAUCGAUAAGAAACCUAAACAGCUGGAACCUAUUUGUGCGCGGUUAUACGGAGAAUCAAUGGAAAUCGUGACCAACUCAGAUAAAGGCCAUUAUAAAACGGCUCUGGCCUUUUCAUUGGCACAGUUUUUUUUUUCAUACAUAUUUUGCGUACCGAAAUGUAUUUAUAUUUCGUUAUUAAAUGAUUCAUAGACCACGCAUUUUCAGUUUCAAGAAGUGAAUAUUUUCUAAACAGUCGAUAUUCCAAACCGAGGAAUGACGCUGUUUAAAUUUUGAAAAGUAAUUGAAUUUGUACUGUUAUUUAUUACAAAUAAGCGGUUGCUUAUUCUGAUUUCAGUGUGAAGGUUCUGCUAGAAUCAACAACAGUUUUUAGGAAGCGAGAAUUACUAGAUGAAACAUAGCAAAGAACAUAAUAAGGAGACCGAGGAACUCAUUGCAAAUUAAUGGGACGUUCACAAUAUUCCGAUGACAUAUUUGCUUAAUUAAAAGGCUGUUUGGCAUUCCGGAUCUAUUUGAGACCGGAAAACUGCGGCUCCUCAAGGCUAUUGUGAUGAGCUGCACAAACGUGACGAAGGCAGUCGCUUCUGUUCACUUCGUUCGCAAAAAUUGAUCUCCUUUAAGCUAUCUCUUCCCCUCUCAUAUAAAGAAAAAAUAGAAAAGAUCGUAGAACUUUUGUCAGGUGAAAAUAACUUUUGUCCAACAAGCUUGAAAUGGCCAAUUCGUAUUACAAGAGAUACUAAUUAUUUUUUCUUUUCUUUGCUCAGCUCAAAGGAGGCGUACGAACCCGAAGAAUCUGAUGAAGAUUUCCUUGACGCCGAAAUCAAGCUUCGACCAGAAGCUGUCCGAUUUAUUCCCGAUGAUAAUGUCCACGGCGAAGACAAGUACGAUAAAUACCCGAAGACGAAGCUAGAAGAAGACUUUAUCUUAACUGGCCAUGACGGUCGCUAUGGUGGUGAUAUGUUGCGAUACGCUGCUCUGGUUAGCUCAUCACCUUCACACUCGCCAGAGAUUUCCUCGCAAGACACUGUUCUGAGUGAUAAAGUUCGUUUCUUUGGAGAUAUGGAAACUCGGGACGGGAUGUCAGCGUGGUACGACUGCACUCUCGCAAAACCUGCGUCCCGCGAGAUACGGGAUUCAUACGAUCAGUUCUGUAGGCAGCCUGAUGUCGGGUCACGGGACUCUAUGCAGUCCCCGAUAGGAAUUACUGCGCGAAAGGCUUCAUAUGAACACUUGGGACCCAAGGUUGUCCCAAAGUUCGGCUCUAAUAUGAGUCUGCCAGAAGGAAGGAGUAGUGCCUUCUCUCGAAAUCCUCGAUUUCAGCCCAUAAAAGAGGAGAGUCCACGAGACCGGGAUGUCCCGCGAGGCAAUGGGACGCUUGGACGAAAACAGCCUCAUCAUUGGUCGACGCCGGCGGUGUUCACAAAGCGAAUGGAGGAUACAAAUAACAACAGCGAUGAAAAAGGUUCCGAUACAGACUCGGUGGACUCUCGGAAACGAGGAAGGAGAGGCAGUCGGCAUCGCCCCCAUUCACUCUACGAAGGUAAACUUCGGCCCAUCUCGGAACAGGAUUCGGAUCCGAAGCUGCGCUGCAUGUGCGAUGAAGAGGAGUCGGAUGAUUGUUUGAAGUAUUCACCACCAACGGUUCAAAGUUCGAAUUCGCUGCCAAGAAAAUUUCCUGACACGCAAUCCUCCUACCUUCAUCUCGAAAGAUCAGAAUCUCAAAGACUUUCCUUCACUGAUCAACUAAAAGGUUGGAAUGUUCCCAAUUCUGGAAGUCCUUACGAUUCACACCCACACAAGGAUAAAAAUCCUCCAAUCGAUACGGACUCGGAGAAUAGUGUUUCUCCGGCAAUUUCUUUAGUGUCGCUUUCGGAAACAGAGAGUGACCGAGAGAUUGCAAGAAAACUUUAUGAUUGUAACCCGAAUGCGAUAAUCAACAGCACCGCUGGUGUCACCCUUCCUCGAGCAGUCACGAAGUUAAAGUCACUCGAUUCCGAGUCCUCUUCGGAUGAACGUACGGAUCAGUUUGAAAGACCUUUGCCGCCUUCGUAUAAAGAGAAGAAGCCUGCAUCAGUGACAAAUUUGAAUUUAUCUUCUAUGGAACGAGCAGACUCGAUGGAUCAGCUUAAACUUUGCGAUCCCUUCUUUCAAGAGAGACGUCGCGUAUCGAGAUCCUCGUCAAAUGCAUCCAGCGGGAUUGGUUCAGUUCAGGUUUCAUCCAGCGAGACAAACAGUAUUGAUUCACCUCGGGAUUCGCAGGCACGAAUGAGCUAUCGAACAUCCAGCAGCCGACCUUCGAGUGGAUAUGCUUCCUCUCGGGAUAGCUACAGUCCCGACCACCUGCGGCCGGGUGAUCACUCAAAACGAUCAUCAGUCUCUAGUAAUCGGACUUCCAGCGGCCGCGCUUCGAGUGGUUACGCCUCUUCUCGGGAUAGUUACGAAAAUCCCGACAGACUACGACCGGAGGAUUUUUCCAAGGUUCAUGCGCGGAUGCGGUUGAGUGGCCGAGGGACUCGGUGCGAUGAUCCCUAUGAAUUUGACCCUUCGUCAAGUGAAAUGGACGAUUAUGAAACGGAGGGUACUUCGUACAAUCCCAAAGUCUACGAUGAAAUAAUGGCGUUACAGCAGGAGAUGGGAGUGAACUUAGACGGAAGUGAUUCCAGUAGAGAGAGCUUAAAAGAAGUGGAGAAACUCUCAAACUCAGAACUUUUAAAAUAUUCUCCUGAUGUGUCACCCACGAAAUACAAAGUGGAUUCAUAUAGCGACGCAGAAAAAGAUCAGCGCUGUUCCAAGUUAAUAAAAGAAUACAAGACAAAUAAAAGACUGCAGGAUGUGAAAGGCCAAGGAUCAAGCCAAAUCUAUCGGUCAUGGGAUCUUUGAAGGAAAUAUAUAACAAACGUUGUUAUAUCGUAGAUAAUAAAAAAUUGGUCUCGCUUGGACUUCCAGGUGUUCACAUUCACCAAUUAAGAGCUCAUAACUCUUCCUCCACGCAUCUCAGGGGUAACUAAAAGCGUAGUGGCCUUCUGGCACACCAUGGAUACUCGUAGUUACUCCGGAACGGGUAGUUAAAGCAACUACGAUGGUGAUAGCGUUAACAAUGCUUCCACAAUGCUUCACUGCCUCACUGUUAUACCAUGCGCGUGCUGUUAAUGCGUUAAGCGCGCGGAUUAAUGAAAGAAAAUGAUCAACGUCUCCGCAAGGCGUUUUUUCCAUCGGAAGUCGUCGCUACGAGUUCAUAUCCGAGACAAUUCUUUUGGUGGAAGAUGUCAAAUAACUUAUAAAUAUCCUGAACUAUUUUUCCAAGGUACAUUUUCCCCUUGUCGCUGUCGUGGUUGCUCUGUAAGAUUCUAGCGUCUUGUGAAAAAGGCGAGAAAAGUGUCAGAACAAAUUUUUUCAGUGCGUUUUGAAGGUUGUGCAAACGGUGCUGCCAUCGUGUAUCCAAGAUGGAACGUGUCAUGCACUCGGCCUCGUUUUGCGCUUGUAUUUCUCAUCAUUGAAGCUUAUUACAGCACCUUCAAUAUGCUUUGGUUAGGCCACUAGCAAAAAGUUUGAAUAUGGCCGAAGCUCCUUUCUUGAGUGGUUAGACACAUACGAGUUAGAGAAAUAUUAUUGCAUUUCCUUAUUUCAGAGUUAAUUUUUCUCGUUCCGGUUUAAAAGAGAUUAGAAAACAAGUCUUUUAUUAGACAUUUAUAUUGUAGUAGAUAUUUAAUAUUUGCUUUAGCAAGUAAAUUCGUUUGAUAUUUAAGUAAAUCAAUGAAGAUUUAAUUUAUAUUCAUCAGGUCUAACUAACAGUGUGAUGUUGUUUUACGUUGGUAAGCGUUUUCUUGCAAUCUUACUUAACAAAUCUUUUUGAUAUAAGAGGCUUGUUAUAGAAGGAUCGCGCCAUUUUGACGGUUCUUUUACUCGGAGUCUUGCUAUUUUUGGCAAUUCUGUCACAUUGAAUCUUUUAUUUGAUGCCUUUUAUUACUCUGCCUGAAGAACUGUAUGAUCUUUUUACCCCGGGCUCGGCCAAUGAUUAUAGAAUUUGCUAAAUAUCUCUUUUGGUUGUGCUACAGGCUUCGUUUUAACUGUGGUCUCUUGUUUAUUUUAACAGACGUUUUGUAAGAACUGUUUUUUUGUUUGAGUUUAGUUUAGCCUUAAGUUCAGAAGUUCCAGGGGAAUUUCAUUAAUUUUUAGUGUGGAUAGUAUGUCAACAGAAGAGUUUUUGUCUCGUCUGAACGUAAGCAAUAUUGAAUAAUCGAAUAUUUUGCAUAAUUAUUAAUUGUUUUUAAACUUGUUAAGAGUUACAUGAAAAACAGCCUUAAAUUAGUUAUCUCUUGUAAAUAUUUGUAAAGAUGAUAUUAUAACAAAGAAAUAUUCGCUAGUUUUAUAAGCGCAAAUUAUCGUACUCAUAUGAGCUUUUUAAACUAUAAGCAUUGUCUUUAUUUUCUAACGAAUCAUUUUCAUACUUAAUAUGACUGAUCCGCAUAGCAGUUAGCCCUUUAAGCCCUAACAAUUAUCAGCAUUAUCAGCAAUUUCUCCUUAAUUACCACUGCUUGGUUAAAUAUAAAGGACAUGAGAAUACAGAUAUUAGCAUUAAAACUGAGGUAUCACCACCGUAGGAAGUUAGGAGAAUAUCCAUGCUGAUACUAGGGCCUUAAGAGUAACCUGAAGAAAUGGUUGCAGAUGGGAAUUGAUGAUAUAAGGGGUAAUUUUGUAAAUUUUUAUGAGAACGGUUUAAAAUCUGGUGUGUGUAGCAAUGUUAACAGUGAAACAAUGAUUGUCACGAUUUUCUUACAAUUACAUUGUAGUAAAAUUCAACAUUUUUCAUUCAUAAAGGCAUAACCGAGUUUUACUGUGUAAACUGAAAUGAAUAAAAGAAAC